AUGGCAACUACUGACCAUUCCGAUUCUUUUGUUGGGAUCUCUUCUUCUGGAAAAGCUCUGUCUCAGAGAGUGGUGAAACAUGCCCUUGCAAUUAUACAUCUUUUGACCACUGAGGUAUGUUAUAGUAUCAGUAGGGACAGAGUGACCCUGCAAGACAGGAUGUCACAUUGUGAAAGAGUGAUACUCUGUGAUCGAUCGACUUUGGGUUAUAUGCUAAUGUUGGGAAGUGACUAUGGCAGUGUUAUACUGCAGGAUGACAUGAUGACCGUGUAAGUGUGACUGUGAGAGGUUGAUACUGCAGCGUGACACACAGACUGUGAGUGUGAAAAUUUGAAUAAGAUGAUCGCGCACACACAAUGGUAUAUAAUGUUCUGGAUACAGGUAUAUAAAAAUACCUCUGCACUGUAAACAUAAAAGACCAUCAUAGGGCAAUAUGUAUACAAUAAAAGCAUAUAGUUUAAAUAACUUCAAACGUUCACAAUAUUUAGAGCCAAUAUAAGUCAGCCCUAAACUAUUGUCAGGCGUUUCCGGUAUGUGGAGCCGGCCCCGCCCCCUUUCUGACGCGGCUCUCUUACGCUAUAUAGAGAGACAGCGCCAGAUUCAAACCGCUUGGUGAUUCUCGGAUCUGUUUCCGCGUUCAACGCCGGCUAAGCACUUCGCUCAUAAACUUUACCAAACCUUAAUUAUUAUAAAGGAUUUUUCCUCCUCAGUUCCUCUGAUCAAAGACUGUAUUGGAUCUCUAUUUGUCUCCCGAAAACCGGACUGUUUAUGUCAUUUAUCCCUUGGACUCAAGCUAUUCAUUCCCAUGGAGGACAACUCCCAUCAAUCUUAAGUAUACUAUUUACUUUUAUCUCUGAAGACUUACUUGCUAAUGAACUGUUUCUUGCUUGCUAUAAUCUGCAGUUACUUCCUAAUGAACUGUUACUUGCAUGCUAUAACCUGCAGUCACUAAAAUAUUAUUGCAAUCCUUAAAGGACCACUAUAGUGCCAGGAAAACAUACUCGUUUUCCUGGCACCCCCUCCUGCCCGGCUCUGGAAAGGGGAAAAGGGGCUAAACUUACCUUUUUCCAGUGCUGGGCGGAGAGCUCUCCUCCUCCGAUCCUCCUUCUCUCCUCCCCGUCGGCUGAAUGCGCACGCGCGGCAAGAGCUGUGCGCGCAUUCAGCCGGUCACAUAGGAAAGCAUUCAUAAUGCUUUCCUAUGGACGCUUGCGUGCUCUCACUGUGAAAAUCACAGUGAGAAGCACGCAAGCGCCUCUAGUGGCUGUCAAUGAGACAGCCACUAGAGGAUUAGGGGGAAGGCUUAACUCAUUCAUAAACAUAGCAGUUUCUCUGAAACUGCUAUGUUUAUGAAAAAAUGGGUUAACCCUAGCUGGACCUGGCACCCAGACCACUUCAUUAAGCUGAAGUGGUCUGGGUGCCUAGAGUGGUCCUUUAAGUCUUCUCCUUUUCCACUAACUGCCUUCAACCACCACUUUGCUUUAAAGCUACAGUAUCCUUAUUAAUUAAAAGAUUCUCCGCUUUCUUGCUAUUGUAAUUAAGGAGUUCUACAAGCUGCAGUUGAGUUCCAAUUUCAAAAUCCCUUGUAGCAUAACAGAAUCACCAAGCCUAAACAUGGAACCAGCAGAUGUGAAUUCCCAAAUUACUUCUUUAACCCAUAGAGUUGGCAUGCUCACUCAAGGCAUGCAGGAUUUACAAAUUGCUAAUUAGAGACUUCUUUCCUACAUUAGAGAAAUGCAAAAUAAGGUUACUCAUUCUUCAAGUGACCCUGCUGUCUGCAGCCCUGAAAAGUUUUAUGGAGAUCGCUCCAAAUAUAGAGAAUUUCUGAAUUCUUGUAAAUUAUUGUUUACGCUUAAACCCAGGUCAUACCCCACUGACAGGAUUAAAGUCUGUUGAAUAAUAUCCUACCUAAGGGGAGAACCUAUGUCUUGGGCACAUUCCUUUCUGGAAAAUGAGGACCAAAAUAAACAAGCUACUGCUGAUCUUACUAUUAGAUCUUUACAACAAAGAAAUCGACCUGUGGAAGAUUAUAUAGCUGAGUUCAAACGAUGGGCUUCGGAAACCCAAUGGAAUGAUAUAGCUCUGCGCAAUCAGUUCCGUUUAGGAUUAUCUGAAACUACCAUUAUCUAGAACUACUCUCCCUCCAAUGCUUGAUACAUUGAUUCAACUCUCUAUCAGUAUAGACAGAAGAAUCAGAGAACGUAAAGCAGAGAACGCACUCACUAAUUCACUUUGGAAAAAACCCAGUCCUCCCUUGCAAAUUCCUAAUAAAACCCUGCAACCAAUUGAACCUAUGGAAGUUGGGUUUAUUAGGGGACCUCUCUCUAUUGAAGAAAAAACAAGGAGGAGAGAAUUAAAUCUCUGCAUGUAUUGUGCCUCUAAUGAACAUCUUUUACAAGAAUGUCAUCUAUUAAAAUGCUCUAAGGAGCUUGAGAGUUCAAUUGUCUUUUUAAUCCCGGGAUGACCAGCAAGUGGAGAGUCAUGAAUUAAUUUUAGAAGUUUAUUCUGGAGUAAUGGAGAGUCAUGAAUUACCUUCCAUACCUCAGUAUUGAAAACCCUUCCCUCUUCCUCCUCUCAUCAGUUUGCUGUAUCUCUAAUUUUACAGUGGGACAAAGAAAGAAUCAAGACUGAGGCCAUUAUUGAUUCUGGAACUACGGGGGUGUUCAUAGAUUCUUAAUUUGUUGAAAACAAUAAAAUUCCUUAUGUGCAAAAAGCAUAUUUUGUCUCUAUCAGAGUUAUUGAUGGUUCUUUAAUCCCCUCUGGUCCAAUAAAAAAAAGAAACUAUUCCUAUUUUGGCAACUAUCAAUAAUAACCAUUCAGAAUUUCUCGUUUUCGGUUUAUUAUAAAAUCCCCCCUUUUUCCAAUCAUCUUGGGCAUCACCUCGUUACAAACUCAUAAUCCCUUCAUCUCUCUCUCCUAUGAGUCAGAUUAUUGUAAGGACAAUUGUGAUUCGUAUACUGCAAUUAAGUCAAGAAACUUUAAUACCGGAACAAUAUUCGGAGUUCUCUGAUGUGUUUAGUAAAAAAGAAGCUGAAUCUCUUCCUCCUCAUCGGAUUUAUGAUUGUCUUAUUGACCUAAUUCCUGGUGCUCCCAUCCCCUAUGGUCACAUAUACCCUCUUUCUGAGAAAGAAUUAGAAACCCUUAAGGAGUAACUUGAAGAAAACCUCCGUAAAGGAUUCAUACGUCCUUCUACUUCUCCUGCUGCUUCCGGGAUCUUCUUCGUAAGGAAUAAAGAUCAAACUAUACGUCCCAUAAUUGACUACCGUGCAUUAAAUAAAAUAACAGUUAAAAAACUUUACCCUCUACCUUUGAUUCCUGAACUUAUUGAAAGAUUAAGAACGGCAACUAUCUUCACCAAACUUGAUCUCAGAGGGGUUUACACAAGCUAAUUAGGAUUAAAGAAGAUGGUGAAUGGAAAACGGCUUUCCGUACUAGGUAUGGCCUCUUUGAAUAUUUGGUAAUGCUCCUGCUACUUUCCAACACUUCAUUAAUGAUAUUUUCAGAGACCUCUUAGACACUUGUGUCAUUAUUUAUCUAGAUGAUAUAUUAAUUUAUUCUGAUAACCUUAAAGACCAUAGGAAACCUGUACGCUGGGUGUUAUCCAGAUUAAGAAUUCACAAACUAUAUGCUAAACCAGAAAAAUGUUUAUUCGAAGUUAAAGAACUCAAUUUUCUUGGCUAUGUUAUUUCACCUCAUUCAAUAAGAAUGGAUGAUUCUAAAAUAAAAUGCAUUCUUAAUUGGCCAAUUCCUUCAUCUACCAAAGAUGUACAGAGAUUUCUGGGUUUUGCAAAUUUUCAUAGGAAGUUUAUCAAGAAUUUCUCUGAGAUAGCCCAUCCUCUCCAUACCCUUGCUGGUAACAAACAUCCCUUUAGUUGGAAUAACUACGCUCAAGAAGCUUUUGAUGAAUUAAAAAAUGGAUUUACAACUGCUCCUGUAUUACACCUUCCAAAUCCUUCAUAUCCUUAUGUUUUAGAAGUAGACACAUCUGAAAAUGCUAUUGGAGCAGUUCUCUCUCAACAAGACUCCUCAAGAGUCUUUUCUUUCAAGAUCCUUAACCUCAGCCGAGAAGAAUUAUCCUAUCGGAGAAAAAGAAUUGUUAGGCAUAAAAGUAGCUUUUGAGAAUUGUCGUCACCUUCUAGAGGGAAAUGAAAUUCCCAUCAUCGUUUAUACAGACCACAGGAAUCUUGAAUACCUCCAUACCAACAAAACUUUAUCCUCCAGACAAAUAAGAUUGAAUCUUUUUUUUGACCGGUUCAAUUUUCAAAUAGUCUAUAGACCUGGAUCUCGUAACAAAAAAGCUGAUGCUCUUUCCAGAAUUCCUCGUAGUCCAUCCUCAGAAGAGAAGGCCUUCUCAAUAUUGUCAAACAAUAAAUUUAUUGGACUUACAACUACCAUAUUGGAUGAACUCAAACAAUUAUCUCUUAAAGAACUUGAAUUACCUUCCACUCCUAAAUUGCUCAAAAAAGAUGGAAUCUUUUAUUUCAAAAAUAGGAUUUAUAUUCCUCCAAAACUCCGGAAUAAACCUCUAAAAUUAAUUCAUGACUCUCCACUUGCUGGACAUCCCGGGAUUAAAAAGACAAUUGAACUCUCAACUAUACAAUAUUGAUGGCCUCGUCAAGAUAAAACCAUUGAAACUUAUGUUAAGUCUUGUCCAGUUUGUUAAAGAUCCAAAGCAGAACAUCACCUUCCUUACGGAUUAUUGAUGGGGUUACCAGUCCCUGUGUGACCUUGGCAAUCUAUUAUUAUGGAUUUUAUGGUGGAACUCCCUCCUUCACACAAAUAGACCACCAUACUUGUUGUUGUAGACCGUUUCACGAAAAUGUCUCAUUUCAUUCCCUUAAAAAAGUUACCCUCAUCCAAAGUAUUCAUAGAUAAUAUAAUCAAAUUACAUGGAUUCCCUGAAGAAAUAAUCUCAGACAGAGGUACCCAAUUCACUUCACGAUUCUGGAAGGAAAUGUGUUCCUCUCUUCAAAUCCAACGUAAACUCUCUUCAGCAUACCAUCCUCAAACCAAUGGCCAAACAGAGCGAGUCAAUCAAUGUUUGGAACAAUACCUUCGUUGUUAUUGCACAUAUUUACAAGAUGAUUGGAUUAAUUGGUUACCUAUGGCUGGAUUUGCCUAUAAUAAUUCCAUACACUCAAGCAGCAAGAUGACUCCAUUCUUUUUGAAUUAUGGAUUCCAUCCCUCUCUGUUUCCCGAUGAUCCCAAGGCAACUUCUAACCCGAUGGUUUCUAUUCAAAAUACGGAAAUGUCCUCAUUGUUUAAUCAAUUAAAGAAAAACCUUGAAAGUUCUAUGGUCUUGCAUAAAAAGAAUUAUAAUAUUAAAAGGAGAGCUCCUCCUAAAUAUAAAGUUGGUGAUACAGUUUGGCUAUCCUCAAGGAAUAUUUCUACAACCUGUCCUUUCCUUGGUCCUUUUCAAAUUGAAUCCAUUAUUAAUGAAAGCGCUAUGAAAUUGAAACUCCCUCCUUCACUUAAGCUUCAUCCUGUUUUCCAUGUUUCCCUUCUAAAGCCUUUUCUCCCUGAUCCCUUCCAUAGAGAACAACUGUCAAAGCCUGACCCCAUUAUAGUUCAAGGUGAAAAGGAAUAUGAAUUCUUCUGAUGUACAUGCUAAAAAGUUGAUCUCUGCCUUUCACAAACGUUACCCUGAUAAACCGAAGUAAUAGCACCCUGAGUGUGCUCCUUAGGUGGGGGGGUCCUGUCAGGCCGUAUCUGUUCCGGUAUGCAGAGCUUUCUGUCGCGGCUCUCUUACUUAUAUAGAGAGACCGCGCCAGAUUCAAACCGCUUGGUGAUUCUCGGAUCUACUUCCGCGUUGAACACUGGCUAAGCACUUCGCUCAUAAACUACCGAACCUUGGAUUAUUAUAAAGGAUUUUUCCUCCUCAGUUCCUCUGACCAAGGACUGCAUUGGAUCUCUAUUUGUCUCCUGAAAACCGGACUGUUUAUGUAUUUAUCCCUUAGACUCAAGCUAUUCAUUCCCAUGGAGAACAACUCCCAUCAAUCUUAAGUAUACUAUUUACUUUUACCUCUGAAGACUUACUUCCUAAUGAACUGUUACUUGCAUGCUAUAACCUGCAGUCACUAAAAUAUUAUUGCAAUCCUUAAGUCUUCUCCUUUUCCACAAACUGCCUUCAACCACCUCUUUGCUUUAAAGUUACAGUAUCCUUAUUAAUUAAAAGAUUCUCCGCUUUCUUGCUAUUGUAAUUAAGGAGUUCUACAAGCUGCAGUUGAGUUCCAAUUUCAAAAUCCCUUGUAGCAUAACAACUAUGCAGGCAGAUUCAUCAGUAAUCUGAUGUUGAGGACAGGUAUAUUUUCAUCAUCCAGUCAUCCAGAAAGCUAGUGAAAUUCUUCUGUGUAAGGCUUCAGGAAACAGAUGGAUACAGCUAAAACUUUUAUUAAACAUAAAUAUAAUAAAAGCAAGCACAACGCUUUUCGACCAUAAGCAUAGAUCUUCCUCAGCUACAUGUUAAUACACAAGUGCGCAAACGCCCUUAUAUACCAUUACAAAAAUCGUAAGAAGUGUGUUCAUUACUAUACAAAAACACUCCCCUUUCCAUAUAUGGAAGAUGUCCCUUGCAGUUCUGCCCACUCAAUAUGGAGGAUGGGCCAUGCCGUCCCUUAUAGACACUCAUGACCCUCCCAAGAUGGCCGCGGGUCCAUUCCGGACUACGAUAGCCAAAUACUGUCCGUGGCUUGUCUUCGCGGUGGAUGUAGGUGACGUCUUUCCAGUAUCCAUGCGAUGCACAUCCAAGGAUCACCCACAAUGGAAAUUUCUGAAGUCCAACAUCCUGUGUGAUCCGAACGUCCCAUAGUCUCAAUAUGUCGGUAGAGUUCAGACUAAAAUUCAUAGAGCUGUAGCCACUAGUAGUUGCCAUCAUCAGCCGUGGCUACAAAAUAUUCCUAAAGGCCAAUUCUUAAGUUUGAAGAGAAAUUGUUCGGACCAGACAGACUUUUUAUUUUUUUUCAAUUUGACAAUUUUUAUUCUUUUGUGGUACAGAAAGGAAAAAAUGGGUAAGGGAAACAGGGAAAAUUGCAGAUAAGCCAGUUUUACAACACUUCAGUACAUUACAGUGUUAUGGUGUUAUAGCAUAACUUUAUUCAGCUUCAUCUGUGCAACUGUCUUUUCGUAACGGUAGGUGAUCAACCUUAGUGUGGUGUUGUAGUAUCGGGGUUGGGGCGGAGAUUCGCUCCCUUUUAGGUGGGCCCUAAACCUCCUUUGGUGGCUGUCUGCCAUGUGGGGUAAAGGGUAAUCGGGGAAAUUAACUGGGUUUAACCGUAAAAACUAGUAUGUCUUCCCUGAGUUGUUUCUUUCUGCUCAGUCAAUUUUGUUCUGUCUCUUUUGGCUACUGCUGAGGGACCCAUCCCCGUCUAGGGACCCAUCCCUCUAUAAAGGCUGCCCAUAUUUCUUUUGUUGUGGUGCUCCCUUUGCCUACUUUUGUUUGUUGCCACACUAUUGUAUCGUAUUCCAGUGUAGUGGAGACCAGUGUGGUUACUUCCGCUAUGGAGGGGAUUGUUGGGGUUUUCCAGUGGCGAGCUAAUAAUGUGGAGGCCGAGGAGAGGAUGAGGAACAUUAGUUUAGCCAUACAGUGUGGCAUGUUAAUAGGCAAGAGUUUGAGUAAAAAGGUUUUGCAUUCUAAUAUGCACCCUGUAGCGCCUCGUAUGAGCUCUUCUAUUUGUCUCCAGUACGGCUGGAUUGUGGCGCAGGUCCACCAGAUGUGGAGCAUUGCUCCCUCCUGGGUUAGGCACCUCCAGCAUCUGUCGCUCGUGUUAGGGUACAUUUUCUUAAGACGUGCGGGUGUCAUGUACCAUCUAUAGAGUAGUUUUCGAGAUGACUCCAUUCGUCCUGUGUGAGGUCACUGCCUAUAUCUUUGCCAUUCAGCUUGGAACCGCCAAUUGGGUUCAGUGUUGUGUGCAGUAAUCAGUUUAUAGCAAACUGACAGUGUUUUUUGGGUUGGGAGUUGGUGUAGGCACAUCCUCUCAAAGGUAGUGAGAGUGGCGUCAAAUGUGGGUGAGGGGUCCUCGUCUUUGGUGUCACCUAUUAGUGCUUUGAGUUGCCAGUAGGAGAACGUUAGUCGCUGUGGUAGGUCGUGUGUGGACUGUAUGUUCGGGAGCGGAUGUAGGCCUUGUGGGGUGCAUAGUUGGUGGAGGUGUGUGAGGUUGCAGGCCCCCCCACACUCUGUGUGGGAAUGUAUCGUUACAUAGGUUGAUUGUGUGUGUGUGUAGUGGCGUCGCCAUGGACCACGGUCUGGCGGAGCAGAACGUGUCUCUGGAUUUGUCCCAUGUGUUGUACAGAAGUUUAGUGAGCGGGUAGUGUGCUCAGGGGUGUAAACCUUAACCAUCUGGGUAUCCACAUAGCUGCUGCGAGGUCUGGUGUCCCUCCGCAGCUGGCCUCGAUCUCCAUCCAUUGGGGGGUGUAUGAGUUGGAGUGCAUAGCCAGGAUGUUAGCUGUUUGUGUUGCCAAGUAGUACACCUUAAGAUUUGGGAAUCCGAGUCCCCCUUUGUCUGUCGGGCGCAUGAGUAGUGUUCUAGGGACCCUGGGAUGCUUCCCUCCCCAGCUAAAUUUAAUCAGGCUAGAUUGUAGCCUUUGUAGGUACCACUGUGGCAGGGGUAUCUGCAGGGAGCGGAGCAUGUAGAGGAUUUUUGGUAGGAUUGUCAUUUUGAUAGCCGCUAUGUUGCCCAACCAUGACAGAAACUUGUUCUGCCAUGAGUGUAGUAUGUGCUCUACUUCUUUGGCUAGUUUAAUGUAGUUAGUAGCAAAGAGGUCUGUGUGUUUUUUGGUUAGUUUUAUGCCUAGAAACGUGAGAGUCAUCUCUCCAGUCGUAUUGAAAGUCGGUAUCUCUCUUCCUCUUCUUUUGAAAUGUUUAUGCACAUGGCUUAAGUUUUAGUUAGGUUUAGCUGAUAGUAUGAUUGCCUGCUGUAAUCUCGUAUUUCUUUGUGUAGGUUUGGGAGUGAUAUGGUCGGAUUGGUGAGGGGUGAGUAGGAUGUCCUCUGCAAAUAGGUUCAAUUUAUAUUCCUUGCUUCCUAUGGUGACCCCUUUGAUAUCCUGAUUGGUUCUGAUAGCUAUUGCUAGUGGCUCCAGGGCAAGCACAUAAAGCAGUGGGGAGAGGGGGCAGCCCUGCCGUGUGCCGUUGGUAAUUAUGAAUGGGGUGGAACUGAAUCUGGAAUUUAGCACUGUAGCUGAUGGGGAACUGUAUAGGGCCUUCACCACAUUGAGAAAUUCGGGUGGGAAUCCAUACCCGUGCAGCGCACUUUGCAAAAACCGCCAGUUAAGGCGGUCAAACGCUUUUUCAGCGUCCAGUGAGAGGAGUGUGCUUUGUGUUUUGGAUCUGUUAAGGUUAUGUAACAUGUCUAGUACUUUCCUCGAGUUGUCUGGUCCUUGCCUGCCCGACACAAAUCCCACUUGGUCUGUAGAUAUCAGACCCGGUAAGAUUGUUUUUAAGCCUUUCUGCGUAUACCUUGGCGUUCAGUUUGGCAUCUGCAUUUAGCAGAGAGAUGGGCCUGAAGUUUUGGCAUAUUGUUGGUGGUUUUCCUGGCUUGGGCAGGGUGAUAAUAUGGGCUGCAAGGAAUUCGGUCGGGAGGAUGCCCUGUUGCCUGACAGACUUUAUUAAUCAAUCUUCUUUAAAAAAAAAAAAAAAAAAACAAUAAAAAAAGUAUUUGUGCAAAAAGGUUAUUAUGAGCUUAGUAUCCCAAAAAACAUUGAUAUCAUCAAUGAAUUUGAUCGAUCACAAUUAUUACUAUAUAGAAAAGGCGACACAAUAAUUGAAGACAAAUUCCACUCAAUUUUAUUUACUGUAGUAACAUCGGCGUUCUAAAAAGAAUUGUAAAUAAAAAUGAGCACAUACUGAGACGAGCAGGAUAUUCAGGAUUUUAAAGGAGACAAACCAAAAUUCAUUUUUACAGGGGCAAAAAAUUUGAAACAUUUUAAUUUCUAGUUAUGUUGAAAAAGUAAAAGGAAAUAAUUUUCUGGAGGAUUGGUCCAAAAAACAAAGGUUUUUUUUACCACUGUGUCAAUUGCAAUGCUUGCAAAAUUACUUUUAUUACUUAGAAAAAAGGAUUUUAAUAUUAAAUCUUUUAUCACAUGUGAGUCUAAAAAUUAAAUUUAUCUUCUGAGAUGCACAUGUGGCUUUCAAUAUAUAGGGAAAUCGUCUAGGUCACUGAAAACGAGUAUUAAUGAACAUAUCAGAAAUAUUAAUCGGAUUUUUAAACCACAGUGUGUCAAACACUUUUUAGAUAUACAUAAUAAUGGAAUUUAUGGCAAUUGAGAAAGUUAAGACUCAUUGGAGGGGAGGAAAUAGGGUUUUUAAUUUAAAUAAAAAAGAAAUCAAUUGGAUUUUUGAGCUGCAGACUUUGUGCCAUAAAGGGCUAAAUAUUGAGAUUGGAACACUUCUCUAAGAAACCUUUUUUAAGAUGCUUAUUCCUUUUAAUAUUAAAAGGUUUUUAUAAUAUACACCUUUUAGAGAUAUUUUUGUUUUCUUCUCUAGUUCCAGUAUUAAGGUGUCUUAUGUUUUCUUUCCGUGAUUAUUUUAUGACUAAUUUACUGUUUUAUGCCCUGAAUGCUUUUUCCCCUUAUUAUGCCCUUAUCCAAUAUGGGGAUCUAUGAACUUUACUCUGAAUUCUACUGACAUAUUGAGACUAUGGGACGUUCGGAUCACACAGGAAGCUGGACUUCAUCCAUUUUCAUUGUGGGUGAACCUUAUGUGGAACACAUGGAUACUGGAAAGACGUCACCAACAUCUGCCGCGAAGACGAGCCACGUACCCAUGAUGAUUGCGUUGUGGCGAAAGUAACCUCGCCACUGGUUUUUAGAGGGGCCUGUUUCCCAGCCUUCUGCCCUACGAGUGUGGCCCUUUAAGACCCGUCUGUAGGCACAUUGUGACCUUGGUGAACAAUGUCCCUUUAAGACUAUGGCCCCUGGAAGAUAUUUCCUGUUAAAGACUAUUUUGGCAGAUUGGAUUUUAAAAGACUCUUGCUGCCCCUUUAAAUUGUAUUGGAGCAGUUCUCCAGCUUUAAUUUGGCACUUUGGAUGCAGCCGAAGUGCCGGAGUAGUCGAAGUGGCCACCAUUCGGCAAACUAACACGUGGCGGCGGCCAUCUUUGUUCAUUCGAACGAGGUCAGCGGUAUGUGUAGCCAAAUCCAUGGAACUGAAAUCGUCUACACAUUUCAACGAACACCGCUGACCCUUACCUUCUCCUACACUCUGUUUGCUGCUGCAGAGACUAAGUCCCGUUCGAAGAUUCGAAUGCACAUUCGAAUGGGACUGUUACAAACUGCUAUUUGUAACUUGCCCUUUAAAUGGGAAAUUGCCCUGCUUCCCUGGGUUGUGGAGAAGCCGAUUUGCCAGCCUCCUUCCACAUGACUAUGGCCCCUGGGAGACUGUGAAAAUGUAUGCACUUUUAUUUGGUGUGUAUGGCCCUUUAAGACUGUCGGUGGGCAUAUUGGGGCUUAUGGACUCUUUAUGGGACUGGUGCUGGCCCUUUAAGCACCUUUUUGGGACAUCAGGAAGAUUGGGACACUGCCCCUUUAAGACGGUGUCCCCAGACUUGUUUGGGACACUGCCCCUUUAAGACGGUGUCCCCUGUGUCCCCAGACCUGCUUAAAACCCUUUGUGCCUGGUUAUUUCCCACUUGGUUCAGUAAAUGGGACUCACUGAACCAAGUACCACACAGGCAGACCACCCAGAAGUGGAAGUGUGCAGGCAAUUUACCUCCCAGAAGCUGCGGUUAACCGCAGCUUAAUUGACAAUGCUGGGUGGCCUUUGUUCGUUUGACGAACACGUGGCGGCGGCCAUCUUUGUUAAUGUGAACGAGGUCAGUGGUAUGUUUAGCCAAAUUCAUGGAACUAAAAUCGGCUACACAUUUCCGCGAACACCACUGAGCUCUACCUUAUCCCACAAUGAGUUUACAGCUGCAGAGACUAAGUCCCAUUCGGCGAUGGGACUUAGUCGUUUUUUCAGCCUGAAAUAGACCGACCACACAGCCCAAAUCUAUGGAACUGUUUUGGGCAGGAAAAUGUGCUUGCGGUCGGUCAUAAAGGGACCUCCAGCUAACUUUUUAACCCCUGGAUGGAUUUGGCUGAUUUUUGGUUAAGUUUAUGUGUGCUGAUUAAUAAUAUGUAAUUGUUAUGAAGAUUGGAUGUGUAGUUUUAAAGUUACAGUGUAUGGAUAAAAACUGUAUUUUUACUGCCUGUGUUUAAUUAUGUUAACCCAUUGUGUACCAUAAUUAGAUCACAGGCAGAGGGGAGGAUUUUUGUGUGUAAUUGCUGGGAGUGUUUCUGUAAUGUACGUUUAUUAUUGGUUGUUGUGUAAAACCCUGUGGGUGGUCCUGUCUCAGAGAAACCUGCAUAAAAGAAGGUUCUUUAUGUGCCAAUAAACAGAAUGACUUGACCCUCUUACUUGCAGCCUUGACUCAUGUUUGUAGGGGACAGCUAUAAUCACUACAGGGAUUGCUAUGCGCUUCAUACUCCCUUAACUACUGAGCUCUUGUAAGAGCUCUUGUUCCUGUUCCUGCUUCGCUCUACAGAAGGAAGAGGUUCACCUACUGGAACCUGGAGCCUGGUCGUAGGUCCAGGGUGGAUAGCAGACGGCGAGAUCCUAGCCCAGCAGCGGUGGUUCGUGGAGUCUGCAGUACUUAUGGUGGUCUACGCAGUACUUAUGGUGUCUACGUUGCUGAUGGUCCUUUGGCGCUAGGAGCAUCCUUUCUACGGUCCAACUUUCAGCCAGCCUGGAGGCAACCCUAACAGGGACUUAGUCAUUUUUCAGUGUGAAUUCGACCGACCGCACAGCCCAAAUCUAUGAAACUAUUUUGGGCAGGAAAAUGUGCCUGUGGUCGGUCACAAAGGACAUCCGACUAACUUUUGAACUAAUGGAAGGAUUUGCAUGAUUUUUGAGUAUGUUUAUAUUUCAAGUAUGCUGAUUAAUAAUAUGUGUUUUUUAUGACGAUUGAAUGUAUAGUUUUGGAGUUAUGAAAGUUAGGUAAAAAGUAUGUUUUAAAAGGUACGGAUAAUUGGGUUACCUUUUAGGCUAAGGGGAGGAGAUGUGUGGGAUGUCAUUGUGUGGGUAUUGUAUAAUUGUCUGUGGGUGUCUCCCUUACAUGGGAGAAUUGCAUAAAAGCAGAGUGUGUGUCAUUAAACCACAGUUCUUCUUCACCUUCAAUCUAGAGUCUUGUCUCUUAUUGGGGGAAUUGCUAUAUCACUACAAGGUCACUACAUGCUCCCUUGGAUAAUCACUUCUAAGCUCUUGUCAGAGCUGGUUCCUGCUUCACUCUCUUGGAGGAGAGGUUCACCCACUAGAACCUGGAGCCUUGUCGUUGGUCCAGGGUGGGUUGGAGACGGCGAGACAUCAACCAAGCUGCGGCGGUUCGUGGGGUCUGCGAUGGUUGUGGUGUCUGGCGGAGCGCUUGGAGCCCUCUGUAAGUGCUAGGAGCAUCCUUCAACUGAGGUACCCAGUCGGGGUGCCAGGUGAUCUGUUACACGCGUCACCGGACGUUAUGUCAUCAAUGGAAGUAUUUGGCUUUUGUGUUUAAUAAAAGUUUUACCGGUAUCCAUCUGGUUCCUGAAUCGUUAUACAGAAGAAUUAACUAUCUUUCCGGAGGGCCAGAUGAUGAAAAUCAUAUUCAUAUAAUCAAUUGUAUACAUAUUGCCCUAUGAUGGUCUUUUAUGUUUACAAUGCAUUGGUAUUUUUUUAUACCUGUAUCCCGAACAUUAUAUACCAUUGUGUGUGCGCGCGAUCACCUUAUUCAAAUUUUUAUUGUACAUAUGUACUAAAUGCUUUUUGUGACCAAGCACUUGUGUGAUGUUUUAGCUGCACUGUUUUUUUUUUUUUUUUUUACUCACCUAUAUAUAUAUUUUUAUUGGAUGGUAGAGCUACCUUUCCCUUUUUUUUUUUACCUUUUCACCAACUCAUGGUGACAGAAUGUCCGAAAGUCUAUAAAGUGAUACUGGGGAGUUGAUGUAGGAUGAUCCCAUGCACUGGAUAUUAUUUAUGUCUUCAUUAUAGGGUAAUGCACUGGUACCUGCGGAAAAUGGGCUUUGUCUGUCUCUUGACAAAAGAACUGAUGGAAAGAGGCUGGCAAUGGGACGAACCAUGAAGCUGGUACUAGGGAUCAUUCACCUUAUGAAUGAGGUGAGUCUGCAAGACUAUUACCCUCCAAUCACAUGUUAAAUUGACCAGAGUACAUCUAAAAAUAGGUUGGUUGAUCCACUAAUGAUUAGCUGUCAAGGGCUGCAUUAUAUCAGAUUUAUUGACCACAGCUCAGUACUGUGUAUCUAUACAGAGAGUCACUAACCUUCCCCCACAAACCUACAAUCUAUUCCCUUUAAGAAUAUAGACCCACCAGGUAUAGCUAACUGCAACCUAACCUACACAGUGCACCUAACGUGUGUGGGAGCCUGGAGUGUGCCUUUUAAUAAUAUAAACCCACCAAGUAUAACUGUAACCUAACCUACACAGUGCAUAUAACGUGCGUGAUAGCCUGGAGUGUCCCUUUAAUAAUAUAAACCCACCCAGUAUAACUAAUUGUAACCUAACCUACACAGUGCACCUAACGUGUGUUGGAGCCUGGAGCUUUUCUUUAAUAAUAUAAACCCACCCAGCAUAACUAACUGUAACCUAACCUACACAGUGCACCUAACGUGUGUGGGUGCCUGGAGUGUCCCUUUAAUAAUAUAAACCCACCCAGUAUAACUGUAACCUAACCUACACAGUGCACCUAACGUGUGGGUGCCUGGAGUGUCCCUUUAAUAAUAUAAACCCACCCAGUAUAACUGUAACCUAACCUACACAAUGCAGCUAACGUGUGUGGGAGCCUGGAGUGUCCCUCUAAUAAUGUAAACCCACCCAGUAUAACUAAAUGUAACCUAACCUACACAGUGCACCUAACGUGUGUGGGAGCCUGGAGUGUCCCUUUAAUAAUAUAAACCCCCCCCAGUAUAACUGUAACCUAACCUACACAGUGCAGCUAAUGUGUGUGGGAGCCCGGAGUGUCCCUUUAAUAAUAUAAACCCACCCAGUAUAACUGUAACGUAACCUACACAGUGUAUCUAACGUGUGUGGGAGCCUGGAGUGUCCCUUUAAUAAUAUAAACCCACCCAGUAUAACUAACUGUAACCUAACCUACAUAGUGCAUCUAAUGUGUGUGGGAGCCUGGAGUGUCCCUUUAAUAAUAUAAACCCACCCAGUAUAACUGUAACCUAACCUACACAGUGCACCUAACGUGUGUGGGAGCCUGGAGUGUCCCUUUAAUAAUAUAAACCCACCCAGUAUAACUGUAACCUAACCUACACAAUGCAGCUAACGUGUGUGGGAGCCUGGAGUGUCCCUUUAAUAAUAUAAACCCACCCAGUAUAACUAAAUGUAACCUAACCUACACAGUGCAGCUAACGUGUGUGGGAGCCUGGAGUGUCCCUUUAAUAAUAUAAACCCACCCAGUAUAACUGUAACGUAACCUACACAGUGUAUCUAACGUGUGUGGGAGCCUGGAGUGUCCCUUUAAUAAUAUAAACCCACCCAGUAUAACUAAAUGUAACCUAACCUACACAGUGCACCUAACGUGUGUGGGAGCCUGGAGUGUCCCUUUAAUAAUAUAAACCCCCCCAGUAUAACUGUAACCUAACCUACACAGUGCAGCUAACGUGUGUGGGAGCCUGGAGUGUCCCUUUAAUAAUAUAAACCCACCCAGUAUAACUGUAACCUAACCUACACAGUGUAUCUAACGUGUGUGGGAGCCUGGAGUGUCCCUUUAAUAAUAUAAACCCACCCAGUAUAACUAACUGUAACCUAACCUACAUGGUGCAUCUAACAUGUGUGGGAGCCUGGAGUGUCCCUUUAAUAAUAUAAACCCACCCAGUAUAACUAAAUGUAACCUAACCUACACAGUGCACCUAACGUGUGUGGGAGCCUGGAGUGUCCCUUUAAUAAUAUAAACCCACCCAGUAUAACUAAAUGUAACCUAACCUACACAGUGCACCUAACGUGUGUGGGAGCCUGGAGUGUCCCUUUAAUAAUAUAAACCCCCCCAGUAUAACUGUAACCUAACCUACACAGUGCAGCUAACGUGUGUGGGAGCCCGGAGUGUCCCUUUAAUAAUAUAAACCCACCCAGUAUAACUAACUGUAACCUAACCUACACAGUGCAUCUAACGUGUGUGGGAGCCUGGAGUGUCCCUUUAAUAAUAUAAACCCACCCAGUAUAACUAACUGUAACCUAACCUACCCAGUGCAUCUAACGUGUGUGGGAGCCUGGAGUGUCCCUUUAAUAAUAUAAACCCACCCAGUAUAACUAACUGUAACCUAACCUACACAGUGCACCUAACGUGUGUGGGAGCCUGGAGUGUCCCUUUAAUAAUAUAAACCCACCCAGUAUAACUAACUGUAACCUAACCUACACAGUGCAUCUAACGUGUGUGGGAGCCUGGAGUGUCCCUUUAAUAAUAUAAACCCACCCAGUAUAACUAACUGUAACCUAACCUACACAGUGCAUCUAAUGUGUGUGGGAGCCUGGAGAUUUGUCUCUAAAGUCUCCAAAAAAACAAUAUUCCUUCCUGAAUUUUCUAAAAUGAAUUUGUCAGUUUUGUAACAAGAGGUGUGUGUGUAUUGUAUGGCCUUCAUAUUAAUUAAUUUAUUUGUAUUUUAGAGUCCAUUGCAGUUUGAUGACGUUGUUAACUUUUCGGAAGAAGAAUGGGGGUGUCUUGAAAGAGAACAAAGAUAUCUCUAUAAUGAAUUAAUGACAGAGAAUGACCAGACCCUGCAGUCCCUUGGUAAUUACAAUUAGUACAAUAAUACAAUGGAUAUUUUUAGCAAUUAUGAAAAUAAUUUUUCAGGCAAUAGUAAAGGAACAGAAUAAACUCAAUUAAUACCCCCAAUUCUCUAAAUAAAUACUACUUGUCACGAUCUAUGUAAGACCAAUGUAGUAUUCCAAAUAAAAUAUCAGCAGAUAUAGGAAAUUUUAAAUGCAAUCUUUGUAUAAAUUUAAGACACAAAAAAACUUAACAAAUCUAAAUCUUACGUUUUUGUACAAAUGAAUUAGCAAAUAUAUUUAGAGGUUUGUAAUUAGAUCUUUAAAUUCCUUUGGUAUUCAGAUAAUCCCAAUUAGCAUCUUAUUCCACAGUGCAGACCCCGUUAUAUAUGGAAAUAAAUAUAAAAUGAAAGUGUGUUAAAAAGUAUCUAUCUCCCUAAAAAUCAGACCUGAAGCGAGUUGCUCGGCUUCCCGGGUAUUGUAAUUUAAAGGACUAAUUACAAAACUCUAAAUAUUUGCUAAUUCAUUUGUUCAAAAACUUAAGAUUUAUAUUUAAGUUUUUUUGUGCCUUUUAAAUUUCCUAUAUCUGACUAUAUUUUAUUUGAAAUACUACAUCGGUCUUACAUAGAUCGUGACAAGUAGUAUAUGUAUUUAGAGAAUUGGGGGUAUUGAGUUCAUUCUGUAUAUGGUAUAUUGUAGGUUCUACACUUUUUUAUUUUUUAAGUACUACUUAUCUACUCUUUAAAUUUGGCGCUCCACUAAAAUCAAAUAUAUUACAAUAGUAAAGCCACACUCAAAUUAAAUAUCUCUAUUCACACGGUACUGUGCUAAAGAUUUAGACACAUGUUAAAAACUGCUAUAACUUAAAGGACCACUCUAGGCACUCAGACCACUUCAGCUUAAUGAAGUGGUCUGGGUGCCAGGUCCAGCUAGGGUUAACCCAUUUUUUCAUAAUUAUAGCAGUUUCAGAGAAACUGCUAUAAUUAUGAAUGGGUUAAGCCUUCCCCCUAAUCCUCUAGUGGCUGUCUCAUUGACAGCCACUAGAGGCGCUUGCGUGCUUCUCACUGUGAUUUUCACAGUGAGAGCACGCAAGCGUCCAUAGGAUUGUUUUUCAACCCACAUAUUAGAUUGAUCAUCAUUAGCACUUGUUUAGUCCUCUUUGUAAUUGUUCAAUCAUGCACCUGACUAUAGCUUCAAUUUAAUAUUUUUGGAAUACGUUUUUCAAAUGAUAUAAUAUUUUGAAAAUGAUUUAAUAUGUUUUGAUAUACUUUCUUUGAAAGUACUAUAAACACAGAUAUAUAUUAUUUUAGGUUUUUAUAAAAAAAUAUUAAAUUGAGGGCGGAGCCUGACCGGGGAGCUGAACAGACGCACUAUCUGUGAGCUCCCGAGCCUAGACCCGAUACUCGACGACAAUCGUGGGAAAGCCUCACAAUCCUGAUCCACAACUUACUUCAUCGUGUAAUACCAAAGCUGGGGAUCCCGAAGAUACCACACACACCCGGUUUGCCCGCUGAAUUGCCGGGUCGGAGGCUUGGGGCCUACACCAUGCAAAGCAGGGGAGAGGCGGCCGCUCUCCCAGCUCACCAAAGCAUGUGGCACCCGAAGCAUCGGGCGUACCCUCCCUCCCUUGGACCGGUGGGGGUUAUCCCGGUCCCAAUCGUCCAAACCAGUCUGCCUAGAGGGUCGGUAAACGACAAGACAGGCCUAAAACGAGCAAUAAAGCAGCAAACCACUCGCUGCCCUAAGAUGGCGGACACGCAGCCCAACAAAGACCUUGCAGCACCAGAACCCAAACACAGCAUCUGCGAAUCCCUAGACACCCGCCUGGAAAAGCUGUUUGCAAACUUCUGGGCUAAAGUGGAGGCUCGACAUGCUGCCGCACAAGCACAGGUGCAGGCGAGUGAGAGCUCAACCUGGAACAUGGAAAGGGUCAACCACGGAGGUCCUGGGAAGUCCUCGGGCAUAAAACGCACUGCACAGAUCGCAUCUCCCCACACAAGCCCAUCCGGGCUGAGGGCCCCGAGGGGCAAAGCCCCGCUGCAUCCCCCGCACAGGUGGAGGCCUGCACGCCACAGGCGGCGAAACACCACCGCAGCCUCCAGACCUACCUUUUCAAGGAAGGACCCGGCCUAUAUAAGUCCCCGAGUCCGCGGUGAAAUGAUGCUGGCCCCACAACAAGCCUGGAGCAGGAGGGCAAUACCAGCAUGCCUCUGGCGGUUCAAUGACACUGGCGACCACCGUUCUAAGCAGGCAGACAAAGCCUCCAGAUCGGGCAUCGGCUGAUACAAAACGGACUGACUCACGUAAAAGCGUAUAUGUUUUAUUUUAACUUGUUUUAUUUUAUUUUAGGCUUGUUGCCACCUAUGCUACCUAUCUCUUAAAUGCCAUAACUAGUAGCCAACUAGCAAGCUAACGUAUUGACAGUAAACACUCGAGUCUUAAAAACAAAAAAUGGGCUGAUACCGCAUGCCACAGAAUGUUUAAAAUGUGUACUUCUUUUUGCCUGUGCUUAAUUGGUCUGCCGUGUUCAAACUCUAUAAUGCAUCUCUGUACGCUGUAUCACGUUACUCAUCUGAUUACUCAUGCAUAUCCAACCUAAACCGUUGCCCCCUGAUGCAUUGGUACCAUUCUUGUCAUACUACCCACCAUGUUAUUUUACUGUUGGGGUACCCUGCAAUACUACCUUAUGUUAUUAAACCCAAUUAGCUCUAACAUACUUCCAGCUAUAGAUUCAAUCUUGUAUUACUCGCAAAAAAUACAUAAAAUGUGCAAUGUAUGAGAAGCCAAACCAUUGUUAUUGAUUGUUUGUUAUUAGGCUAGCACUAGCUGUUGUGGCUGUGCGAAUUUUGUCUGUUAUCUAAUGCACGACCAAAAUAAAGAAUUUAAAAAAAAAAAAUAUAUAUAUUAAAUUGAGGCCUACCUGCCUACAAAAUCCCUGACACUGUGUAAGUGUACCUACAUGAAUUGAUACCGUGUUAAAGACAAUGACACACCAAAUAUUGAUUUAUAUUUUUCCUCUGUUCACUCACUUUGCCAUGUAAAUCAAAUCAAUAUUUGGUGUGCCUUUGUUUUCAAUGAAGGCUGCAGGGGCUGCUCUCUGCAGCUUACGUAUAUGUUUCUGCAUUUGUGAGUGGCCAGCAAAGAGGACUUAAAUAGCAGGCCAGUUCUCUGGAGGUCUCAUCCCCACCUCUACGACACCUUACUUAUCCAAAUCAUUAUUUCUUUUCAGAAUGUCACAAGAAUCCAUCCCAAUAAUCUGUCUACUGUUGAACGAAAAACUCAGCACACCAGUCAGGCCUGGGUCUCCGAAGGAAAUUCUCACCCUUUCUUUGUUCGUCCUAUACAUCCAUACCCCUCAUACAGCCCUAUUUUGUCACCCAGCAACUCAGGACUAACAUUAAGUACUCUGCCUUCCACUACAAUACCUCUACACAUGGCCCUCACCAAGCCUUCACUUCAUACGUUUACACAUGGUCCACUACGGGCACUAUGGCAAUACCGGCCCCUCAUUUGGGCAGUUACUUACGUCAAUUUCGGCCCCACAUUUGGGCAACUACAUACGUCUAAUUUCUAAUAUACGAGGGAUAAAGAAUACAACCUUUCAUACUACAUUCCUAAUAUUACACACAACCUCGUUAGGCCCACGCAUGUCAUUCCCUCUCUCGGCACACACCCGAGAACCCGGUACCUAUCACUAUGUUUUUAACAUAUCCAGGCUUCUUGGGUCUGUCACAAAUUUAACUGUUUAGUCCCUCUUACCACUCCUUCAUCCCACGCACUAGACUGGGAGGCGGGCAGAAGGACAAGCGGGGCUGACCAUUACUUUCCGGGCAAAGAGCGGGCGAGCUAUGACUUUAAUGCUGGGGUAUGCUAUUUUCACUACAUACAGGGUAUCACACAUCCGCUUCAUCUGCUCCAGAACUCACAUCUAGUCCACAUAUACAGCCUGUCUGUCACCCAAGAUACCCCUAACUAGGUCAACAUUGACAUGCUUGUAUACUAUCUGCAUUUACACCAAGCUGGGCAUAUGGUAGAUUCUGAUGCCGGCAUUCUCACAAAGGUCUCACACGGGCCUUGGCGCCAACCCCACGGGUACACUUGUAUUAUCUACAUCUAUUGACCCACUUACGGUGGACCACCUUCUGUCCACAUCAAUCAUAUGCUGGUUUCACGAUCGGCCCUUUCCGGUCUUCACGUUUUCUCAUCUUGGUGUACCACUCCCAUCGGUGUAGCCAUUCACAGUACCCAAAUACGUUUGAUCAUAGACCUCUUCGCACCGCCCCUCUGCAGAAACCCUCUGCUGGCCGCUCCUAAAUAUAUUCAGGUGUCCAUCAGUCAUCCACGUUCUGGAUAAAUUUUUGUUGAUUUCACGGGUUCACAAACACCUAACAGUAUUCACACCACUACACCCCCCAUCCUUUUCAGUCGGUCCCUCUUCCAGGCUUGCUUUCUGAGGCAUAGUAUUGGACUCCACUACUUCUCAAGCCAGCCUCCCAGACGUUCUGUUCUGCAUUAGGAAUGGAUUUGUCCUGCUCCUGCUGAGUGUUGCGCACAAUAGGAGGGGGCCUCAGUCCUGGUUUAGGCUCCUCAACUUUGUUGUGCGUAUCAUUCCGCAGGGUUGGUCUCUUGUCCCCGGACUACUUAAAUUUGCUUCAUGAGGUACCAACCCCUGCCCAACCAUUCGGGUGAUCCAGCCAGGGCAGUUUUACACAAUUGGACUAGUUUUUCGGCCGCAUGGAUUGGGAUCUCGGUCAUUCCCCCACUUUCAAAACACUCACUUUCUAUUCACACAGACACAGCAGCACACACAGGGUUUGCAGCCUUUUUUUCAGCAACCACUCGUUAGGGACGCCUGGCCCACUGAGUCGGAUGCCUUGCCGGCCUUUGGAGAGACCUCUACUUUGUUGGAGAUAUCUACCCUUUCGCGGUGGCCUCCCUCACUCUGGGUCAUCUUUGGACCGGCAAGGCAGUGGAAUGCUGCUCUGACGACUCCACAGCCUGCGAUUUCAUUAGCAAGGACGGUCAUACUCACCGCCACUGUGGCUGAUUCAGCAGACAGCAACCCCUCAGCUCUUUCUGGUCUACGUUUACAUUCCUGGUGUCUACUACACAGCCGCUGACACUCUCGCACGCUCUCAUUUUAAGGUCUUCUUUCAGGCACUCCCUAUGAUCCACUACAUGUCAUCCGGGAUACCACCAUUCCAUGAGCUAAUCUUGGACUAAGCACACAAUUACACCACGUACAGGUGCGCUUGCUUCACACAGUUUCACUACUACUCUAUCACUCACGCCAGGGCCUUGUAUAUUGUACAUGUCACAGUUAGAGUUUGCUUGAAUUUUGCGGUGAGUUUUGCAGUUAAAUAUGGUUUAUUUUUUUGCCUCUUUCUCCAAACCUACAAAUCCAGCAUCUUACUUAAACCUCCUAUGCUGUCACUCCGCUUUAUGUCUCCAAGGUCAACCAUACACUAUCAUUCCUAAUCCACGUCUAAACCUUCCAUUAGGGUGGAGCUACAUCAUGGCUUCCUUCACUGGCCUCUCUGUCACAAAGCGCUGCAUCAGCAGCUUCAAGCUCUUACACCCCACUCUACAUCACUAAGUGUCGGGGCCACGGGCAAUCCUCAGCGCAGUUACAUAUAUACCUCAAUCAGAGUAAAAGCUCCUCACAAGCUUUCAGUACCCACGCUGUAUAAACUUGCAUACAUUGUGUUUUCUUUGAAUCCUCUUUUGCCCUCUUUUACAGGCCUACUCGUACGUUGGUUUCGGCACACCUCCCAACUUUACUACUUCUUCUACAUCCCAUUACAUAUUAGAUAAAUUCCGAGCACAAAUAUAUAUAUAUAUAUAUAUAUAUUGUAACGGACCGUUUUGCACAAAAGGGGAAAAAAACGUUUAGGCGAUCGACCCCCUUUUCGGAGAUGCAGGCACAGCUACUGCAGAACACCAAACACACGAACCGCCAAUAAGUGAAUGCUCCAAACUCCCGAAUGGCAUCCAAUAUAGCACUCCAAAUACACGAACAGGAACCAUAUGAAUUGCUGCUACCAGACGAAUAGGAAAAGCAUCCAAGCGGCUUACACUCCUAGCAAUCAGUCUCUAUCAGCAUUCAGUAAAUCCCCCAAAGACGAGACAAGGCUCCGUGUUGAGGGUCAAGCAGUGGUCUGUUUAAUGAGGGCUACCUGCCCGGCUUUUAUGCAGGUCUCCCACCUGGUGGACACUCCCCUAUGGGACCAAAUGGGAGACUGUAAAACAUAUUGGACAGUAGCCAAUCGCAGUGGCUUCAAUAAUAGCCCUUCCCAUCUUACCCAUAAAUCCGUCUUCUCUACCCCGGAGAUAAUUAGGAAGAAACCUAAUUAUCUCCCAAGGUAGAGACAAUCGCCAUUUUAACUUACAGUAAUAAAAAUACAUUAAAAUACAUAACUGAAGAAAUACCGAAUGCAUAUAGUUCGUGUAACGUAUCCCCAGACAGCCUGGAUCUGAGUGCAUGUUUUCACUGAAUAGCGCUCAGAUCCGAUGUAUCUAGUCGAAUCGCCAUGGAGUCAAAGUCUUUCACCAGUCCUUCGGUAUACGAAUGACUCCAUGGGACGGCUGUCUGGGUAAAAGUCCAUACGAAUGAAUAAAAACUCCUGAACGACCGACUUUCGCAUGCCUUGUCGAAAUGGAAGGUAGGCAGCAGCUUCCAGCGGUGUUUGGUAGUUUAAGUGUCCGUUUUUAGUUCCAUACAGUUUGUACCGAACACCGCUAUGCGUUCGUAUGUCCCAAAAUGGCCGCUGCCUCGUGGUCGACAUGCGAACGACGACCACCCAUACGAAUGGAAUGGAGAGGUGUCUGCGGUUAACCACAACGCUCUAAUUGGGGCCAAGAGGUUAACCAGCAGCACACUCCUCUCCUGGGUGGUCGUUCGUUCGGUAGUUUCAAUCGGUAGUUUGCAAAUUACACGAACGGGGGUAUAUGAACAGGCAAUCCAGCGAACAAAGGGAAACAGACGAACCAGCAAUACAGAUGAAUCUGUCACACGGCUCCCCCCUUGUGGGACACUCCGGCAGACCCGGCUUGACCCUUUGGCGGGUCAACGUGGGGAUGACCGGACUAAGAUGGGGUGAGGAUGUCGGUUUGCCUGGACAAUCCAUCUGCAUUCCCGUUCUGCUUACCGGGUCGAUAACUGAUGGUGAAGUUAUAGGGUUGAAGGGCUAAACUCCACCUCAGCAGUCUACCAUUGUCUCCUGAGACCCGGUUAAGCCAGACAAGGGGAUUGUGGUCCGUCACCAGGGAAAAUUCCUGUCCAUAUAAAUACGGGCUUAACUUUUUCAAUGCCCAUACCAGGGCCAAACACUCCUUCUCCACUGCCGCAUAACUCACUUCUCUGGGUAACAGCUUUCUACUGAGAUAUGCGACAGGGUGCUCUCCUCCAUCUUCCCCGACCUGGCUCAGCACAGCCCCCAGUCCAUACAUGGAAGCAUCUGUAUGAACGAGAAAACGUUUGUUAGGGACUGGGGCAGCCAGGACAGGGGCAUUCACAAGAGCUUGUUUGAGUGCUUGAAACGCAGCUUCACAAGCUGGAGACCACAGGACCUGUUUAGGGAGAUUUUUCUUUGUCAGGUCAGUCAGGGGUUUAGCAAUAGUGCUGUAGUCGGGGACAAAGCGUCUAUAGUACCCUGCUGUCCCUAGGAAGGCUAACACCUGGGUCUUGGUGAUAGGUGUGGGCCAGUUAGCUACUGCCUCUAUCUUGGCUGGCUCUGGUCUCUGGCUCCCACACCCUACUCUGUGACCCAGGUACUGCACUUCAGCCAUGCCUAAAUGGCACUUCUCUGGCUUCAAUGUCAGGCCAGCGGCCCGAAUCUUGUCCAGUACUACCCCUACAUGUACUAGGUGUUCUUCCCAGGACUCACUGUAGAUCGCAAUGUCGUCCAGGUAUGCACAAGCAAAUUCCUGGAAUCCAUCAAGAAGUCUAUCCACCAUACGCUGGAAGGUAGCCGGUGCAUUCUUCAUCCCAAAUGGCAUGACCUUAAAUUGGUACAGGCCAAAUGGGGUGACGAAGGCCGACUUGGGGAUAGCAUGCUCGGCCAGGGGAAUCUGCCAGUAGCCUUUGCACAGGUCUAUGGUGGUCAGAUAGCGUCCCCUGGCAAUGCGAUCUAAUAAUUCAUCUACCCGGGGCAUUGGGUAGGCGUCAGUGGUGGUCUGCUUAUUGAGACGCCUGUAGUCCACACAGAACCGGGUGGUCCCAUCCUUCUUGGGCACCAGGACUACAGGCGAGGCCCAAGGGCUAUCGGAGUGUUCGAUGACCCCCAGCUGGGUCAUCUCCUGUAUCUCCUUCCGCAUUCCUUCCCGGACUGCUUCAGGGAUACGGUAAGGGGGUUGUCGCAGAGGGUUCUGUCCAGGGGUUUCUACCUUGUGUACAGCUAGGGUAGUGUAACCAGGUUCUUGGGAGAAGGUCGCCUGCUUUUCCCACAGAAGCUGUCUUGCCUGGCCCUUCUCGGUGGAGCUCAAUCUGUCCCCUAGCUGUACCAGGCUAGUAAGAUCCGUCUGGGGGUCCCUCUCUAACAGAUCUGGUAAGGGUAAACUUUCUGUAUCAUCUGCAGCAGGGGCACAUACUGCAGCGACAUUCUCUGGUCUCUCCUGAUACUCCUUUAGCAUGUUCACAUGGAAGGAUCGCUGGAUCCCUUCAUCUGAACAGCUGGCUAUAAGGUAGGUAGUAUCACAUAUCUGUGCUAACACCUUAUACGGGCCCUGCCAAGAUGCCUGCAUCUUGUUUGCCUUCAUAGGUUUGAGUACUAACACUUUCUGCCCAACCUGGAAGACUCGCUGUCGGGCACCCCGAUCGUACCACCUCUUCUGUCUCCCCUGAGCCACCUGGAGAUUCUCCCUUACCAUUAGGGACAGUUUCUCCAUGCGGUCCCGGAGUUCCAGAACAUACGGUACUAUGGGGGUCCCUUCCUGCUCUGUCUCCCCCUCCCAGUGGCCUCUAAUGAGAUCUAGGGGUCCGCGGACCCUUCUCCCAUAUAGCAACUCAAGGGGGGAGAACCCAGUAGAUUCCUGAGGCACCUCUCUGUAGGAAAACAACAGAUGAGGCAGGAAUCGCUCCCAGUUUCUGCAAGUGUCAGAAAAGGUCCUCAGCAUCUGUUUGAGGGUACCGUUAAAUCGCUCGCAGAGACCGUUAGUCUGUGGAUGGUAAGGUGAGCUAAGCAGCGGUUUAAUGCCGCACACCUUCCACAGUUGCUGGGUGAGCACAGCGGUGAAUUGGGUUCCCUGGUCAGAGAGAAUCUCUUGAGGGAACCCGACUCUGGUAAAAAUCCUAACCAGGGCAUCAGCAACUGUCUCUGCCUCUAUAUUAGACAGCGCUACUGCCUCUGGAUAGCGAGUGGCAUAAUCCACCACGGUGAGAAUAUAUUUCUUACCGGAUGGACUAGCCCUGGCCAGUGGACCCACAAUGUCAACGGCUAUGCGGGCAAAGGGCUCCCCAAUGAUAGGCAUAGACAUAAGCCUAGCUCUUGGGUGGUCCCCCCGCUUUCCUACCCGUUGACAUGUUUCACACGUACUGCAGUAUGUCCGAACAGCCUGAUUAAAGUUUGGCCAAAAGAAGUUCUGCAUGAUCCUAUAGGCUGUGCGGCGGGAACCUAGAUGUUCAGCUAGGGGAACAUCAUGCCCUAUCCGCAGAAUCUCCUGCCGGUAUUUUGCGGGCACCACCAGCUGUCGAUUCGGCGGAGGGGCAACACUUUUCGGGGAAAGCUUCCCCAAGCUUUCCCCGAAAAGUGUUGCCCCUCCGCCUAUACAACCUGUCCCCCACCCACUCAUACCGUUCCCCAUCUAAUCCUUCCUCUCCAGUAUCUGCUCUGUCCCUAUACUUCUGGAGUGUCGAAUCUGUCUGAGUUUCCCUCCCAAACUCCUCUGGGGAAUCCCAGCUAAUAAAAGUCUGUUCUAGGGUACCAGUCGGGGACUCGGUUCUUACCUGGGUCUCAGCAGCAGGUGGGCUGGUUCCAGCAGCACGGGUCUGGGCACGGGUAGUCACUGGGUUGAUAUCGGCAGGUCCCAUUGGCGCAUAAGCGGACACCAAAGGGGCCAAGUCAUUCCCAAGCAAAACAUCAGCAGGCAAGUCUUUCAUGACCCCCACAUUCACGUGUCCAGAGCCCACCCCCCAAUCCAAGUGAACCCGGGCAACUGGUAAACGGAACACUGCACCUCCCGCCACCCUCACUGCCACAGUAUUUCCAGUGUGUUGGUGUUCUGAAACAAGGUUCUUUUGGAGCAAAGUCAUAGUGGCUCCGGUGUCUCUCAGACCAGUUACUGCUUUGCCAUUCAGUUUAACGGUCUGCCUGUGCUGUUGACGGUUAUCCUGCUGCGCUGCUUGUACUGGAUCCGCCUCAUGUAGUAUACCCCAAAAUUCCUCCUGCUCAAGACAGUGAGCGGAAGGUUGGGGUGGCUGCUGUUUUCCGCCGGCUGGUCUUCUCCACGACUGGGCUUGGCUGGAAUUGUUUAGUGGGCACUCGGGUCGCUUGUGCCCCAACUGCUUACACCCAUAGCACCGGAUAGGCUGUGAGUAAUCCCGGGCGUUGAACCGGGUUGGCUGAAUAUAAUUGUUCGCUGUUGGCAUGGUGGGGGCGCGUUGCGCUGGGUGUUGGUACACUGCAGUGGUUGGAGGGGCCGCUGGUUUGUACUCCACUCGGGUAGGGACCUUGGCUGCUGUCUGGUCCAGUUUCCUGGCAUCAGUGUACUCAUCAGCCAGACGAGCAGCUUCGGGUAAGGUAGUGGGUUUACGGUCCCUAACCCAUUCUCUGACUCCUGCAGGUAAGCGGUCAAAGCAGUGCUCCAACAAAAAUACUUGCAGCACUUCUUCCCCAGUUACCGCUUGGCACCCUGCCAUCCAGUGGGCUGCUGUGCGGUGUACUCGGCAUGCCCACUCAACAUAAGAAUCAGCAGCCUGCUUGUUAGUGUCCCGGAUUCGCCGCCGGUAUGCCUCAGGGGUCACAGUGUAUCUGGCCAAAAGGGCAUCUUUCACUGCACUGUAGCUGGUAAUUUCCUCCUCUGGGAUGGCCCGAAACGCCUCACUGGCCCGGCCGGAUAACUUCCCAGAGAGGAUGGUGACCCAUUCCCCUGCGGGUACCUGGUGUAAGGCACAUUGCCUUUCAAAAUCAGCCAGGAACCCAUCAAUUUCUCCUUCGGCUUCUACAAAAUUCUGAAAUGCAGCAAAAGGUACUUUUCUUCUUCCAUUAUUAUUAUACGGUACCUCAGCUGCUGCAGCGCCUCUUCCCUGAAGCGCCUGUUGUGCUGCUACUGCUGCUUGCACUUGAACCACAAUAUCUGCUGCGGGGUUGGGGCCAAAAUGUGCCAGCCUGAUCUGAACUGCCCGGUUAAACUGUAUCUCCUCGGGUGUUAACUCCAGUAUGCCAGGCACAUCAGCUCUUCCCGUUCCCUGUGCUGCAUCCAUUUCCAAUAAUAUGGCAAUAAUCUCUCUUUUCUUGAGAUUACUCGCUGAUCGUCCUCUGCGUUCUAAUAUAUCUUUAAGGGUAGCACGCCUUAACUCUUCAUACUGCAUUUCCAACCUGGGAUGUGUAGCUGGCCUUCUGGGCGGUAGGAUUCAUCCCGUCGCUUGCCACCAAUUGUAACGGACCGUUUUGCACAAAAGGGGAAAAAACCGUUUAGGCGAUCGACCCCCUUUUCGGAGAUGCAGGCACAGCUACUGCAGAACACCAAACACACGAACCGCCAAUAAGUGAAUGCUCCAAACUCCCGAAUGGCAUCCAAUAUAGCACUCCAAAUACACGAACAGGAACCAUACGAAUUGCUGCUACCAGACGAAUAGGAAAAGCAUCCAAGCGGCUUACACUCCUAGCAAUCAGUCUCUAUCAGCAUUCAGUAAAUCCCCCCAAAGACGAGACAAGGCUCCGUGUUGAGGGUCAAGCAGUGGUCUGUUUAAUGACCACAACCGCAGUAGCUUAACUGGAGCCUCGCCCGGCUUUUAUGCAGGUCUCCCACCUGGUGGACACUCCCCUAGGGGACCAAAUGGGAGACUGUAAAACAUAUUGGACAGUAGCCAAUCGCAGUGGCUUCAAUAAUAGCCCUUCCCAUCUUACCCAUAAAUCCGUCUUCUCUACCCCGGAGAUAAUUAGGAAGAAACCUAAUUAUCUCCCAAGGUAGAGACAAUCGCCAUUUUAACUUACAGUAAUAAAAAUACAUUAAAAUACAUAACUGAAGAAAUACCGAAUGCAUAUAGUUUGUGUAACGUAUCCCCAGACAGCCUGGAUCUGAGUGCAUGUUUUCACCGAAUAGCGCUCAGAUCCGAUGUAUCUAGUCGAAUCGCCAUGGAGUCAAAGUCUUUCACCAGUCCUUCGGUAUACGAAUGACUCCAUGGGAUGGCUGUCUGGGUGAAAGUCCAUACGAAUGAAUAAAAACUCCCGAACGACCGACGUUCGCAUGCCUUGUCGAAAUGGAAGGUAGGCAGCAGCUUCCAGCGGUGUUCGGUAGUUUAAGUGUCCGUUUUUAGUUCCAUACAGUUUGUACCGAACACCGCUAUGUGUUCGUAUGUCCCAAAAUGGCCGCUGCCUCGUGGUCGACAUGCGAACGACGACCACCCGUACGAAUGGAAUGGAGAGGUGUCUGCGGUUAACCACAACGUUCUAAUUGGGGCCAAGAGGUUAACCAGCAGCACACUCCUCUCCUGGGUGGUCGUUCGUUCGGUAGUUUCAAUCGGUAGUUUGCAAAUUACACGAACGGGGGUAUAUGAACAGGCAAUCCAGCGAACAAAUGGAAACAGACGAACCAGCAAUACAGAUGAAUCUGUCACAUAUAUAUAUAUACACACACACGCACACUUUGACAGAUUAGUUUGGAAUCUAGCAGCCAGCUAGAAAAGUUAGGAGCCAGAGAAAUCAACGUCAAAAAUACAAUUCUUAAAGGGACACUAUAAUCACCAGAACCACUACAGCUUAAUGUAGUUGCUCUGAAGUCUAUAUCCUGACCCUGAAUGCUUUUAAAUGUAAACACUGACUUUUCAGACAAAAGGCAGUGUUUACAUUGCUGCCUGGUGACACCUCUAUCGACAGUCACACAGAUGGCCUCUAGAGGUGCAGCACUGUGCAGCACCUAUGUUAAUGUUCACUAUACGGAUGCAUUGAUUCAAUGCAUCUCUAUGAGAAGUUAAAUUGGCGCAGUGGCAUUUUGCAGUGCAUGCGCAAUAGUCUCCCAAUGCUUUGCUAUGAGGAAGCAUUGGAUUGGCUGAGAGCAUCAAGAUUGAGGAUUUCAGCCAUGGAGGUGGGGCCAGCCACAGCAUGGAAAAAAGUUGAGUAAAAAAACCAAAACCUUUCCCAUGUGAUUGGGGGGGAACACAAACACUUACUGACCGACUCAGACUCACUCACAGACAGACACAGAAACACACUCAGACCGACACUCCGACAGACACACACUCACAGACAUACUCACCAGAGUGACAUCAUAACCCAGCUCCGUGAAUCACAGCAAGCUGCGCAAGGGAGCAGAGCAGGGAGAUUACAGCUCCUUCGCCCGCCUCCCUCUGCUCUCCAUUACCCAGCUGCUCCCUUCCGUCAGCUGCCCACCUUUUCUACCACAGUUCUCCAUGGGCCAGCCACCCCUCUCUCUCCCUCUGCAAUAAAUGAGCUGGCUGCCCAAUUUCCUCUGUCAGCUGCCUGCCUUCCUCCCACAGCUCUCCAUGAACCGGCUGCCCCAUCCCUCCUUCAGCAGCCUGCCUGCCUCAGUCCUCAGUCCUCAGUGAUCCCAAUGCCUGCCUCUACUCUCAGACAGCCGAUCACCGUGGGGGCUGAACAUAUAUAUAUUUUGAUAUAAUACACAUAUAUUAAUAUACAUUUGUGCAAGUAUAUAGAUGCAUAAUGUGACGAAGUGCCCUUCGCCACUUUGUCCUGGAGAGGCCUGCUUGCAUGCCUCCUGCCCUGCGACUAUGGCCCUGGGAUGUAUUGCCCUUUUAGGAACUGAUGUGUGCAUACUUGAGGCUUAUAUUGCUGUUUCUGGCCCUUUAAUGCCCAAAGAAAGGAUUUGUACUUUUAAACUGGCACUUCGGAUGCAGUCGAAGUUGUCGAAGUCAUCAAAGUGGCCGCCAUUUGAAUGGCGGCGGCCAUUUUAACUCAUUCGAACGCGGUCAGCGGUGUGUGCAGCAAAAUCUAUGGAACUGUUUUCGGCUACCCAAUUGCACGAAUACCGCUGACCCGUACGUUCUGCUCUACUUCGACACUGCGGCUGGAGACUAAGUCCCGUUCGAAGAUUCGAACGCUAGUUUUCUCGGUGUCAUUUCUCAUUUUCUCGGUGUAAAAUAGACUGACCGCAGAGCCCAAAUCCAUUAAACUGUUUUGGGCAUGAAAACGUGCUUGCGGUCUUUCAAAAGUGACUUAUAUGUAUCUCUCGAAUGGCUGAACGGAUUCAAAUGAUUUUUGGGUAUGUUUGUAUUUGGAAUGUGCUGAUUAAUAAUAUGUGACUUUUAUUAAUAUUGGAUGUAUGGUUUUAGAGUUAUGAAAGUUUGGUAAAAAGUAUGUUUUAAAAGGUAUGGAUAAUUGGGUUACCUCUCAGACUAAGGGGAUGAGAUGUGUGGGAUGUAACCAUUGUGUGAUUGGGUAUUGUAUAAUUGUCCAUGGACGUCUCCCUUGCAGGGGAGAAUUGCAUAAAAGCAGAGUGUGUGUCAUUAAACUGGAGAUCCUGUUUGACCCUCAAUACGUAGCCUUGUCUCGUUAUUGGAGGGAACUGCUAUAUCAUACUGGGGAUUGCUAUGCUCGGCAUACUCCCCUGAGCUUUUAAUCACUUGGCUCUUUUAAGAGCUUGUUCCUGAUACGCUCUCCUGGAGGAGAGGUCUUUCCCACACGGUCCUGGAGGACAGAAGCUGAUCCAGGGUGGACGGAAGACGGCGAGGCUCCAGUUAAGCUACUGCGGUUGUGGAGUCUGCGGUGGUUGUGGUGUCCAGUGCGGUGCUUGUGGUCCUCGGCACAAGCUAGCAAGCGUCCAUUAACGGAAGGGUCCGUUACACAUAAUAGUCCCACAAAUCACCAAAUCUAUCAAAACUAUAUAGAACUAUAUAUAUAAUUUUUUUUCAAUUCAAUUUAUUUUAAUUAAAAAAAAAAAAAAAACAGACACAUGGAUUUUUAAUUAAUAAAUACUCACUGGCGUGUAGUCACUGAUGCCCAUACAUACUGACAUAUACUCAUCAACAGACACUGGCACACAAACUAAUGCCGCAUCCCAUACAGACACUGGCACACAAUCACUAAUGCAUACACACUCCCUGACAUACACACACAUUGAUCCAUACUGACACAUUGAUCCAUACUGACACACACACACACACACACACACACACAUUUGUAACGGAUCACCUGGCACCCCGACUGGGUACCUCCAUUGAAGGAUGUUCCUGGUGCUUCCUGAGGACUCCAAGCACUGCAGCAGACACCACAACCACCAAACCUCAGAAGCAUACAAAUGCUCUCAAGCAUGUGAAUGUUGUAAGCAGCUGAACAGGAAAAGCAUACAAUCAGCUUACACUCCUGGCAAUCAGCAUACAAUCCAAUUCCCCCAAUAACGAGAGGACACUUCGUUUUUAGGUCAAGCAGAACUACCUGUACUGGCACAUACAGCCUCUUUUAUUCCCAAUCCACAAACAUAGUACUGCCCACAGGGUUUUACAUUACAACCAAUCAAUCCGAACAAUACACACAGACACUCCCACACAAAAUCCUCCCCUCUGCCUGUGAUAUGAUUGCUGAACACAAUGGUUAAUCUAAUUACCACAGGCAGAGAAAUACAGUAUUAUAAAACAUAUCACAGGGACCCCAAAACAUGCAAUACCCCCAUAAAAAGUAUCUGGGUGAACCACAUAUUCAAAAUUUUACCCAGAUCCGUUCAGUAGUUUGGAAGAUACAGUUUAAUGCAGAUUCUGCAGAACAUAUACAGACUAUAUGAAAAAUAAUUACUGUACAAUGUGUACCCUGUUGUAUAGUUUAAAACUACUGCACGAUGUCUUUGUGCACCAAAUACUGGCAAGAUGGCACUGUGUAGAAAGUCCAAACAGUGUCUGUGAGUUAAAAUGGCCGCCAUCCAUUGUUCUCACCAUGUGCUUCAUCCAUUUUUCUCACCAUGUGCCUCUGAUACAUGAAAUGGUGGCCACCCAGUAACUCCACAGUAUGUCCCCAGAUAGUUCUUAAAGGGCCAGCAGCAACAUAAUAAAAUACAAUAUGCCCAAAUACUGUAUUUAAAGGGCCAAAUCUCCCAGGGCCAUAGUCAGCAGGCAGGAGGCAGGCGAACAGGCUUCUCCAAUGCCCAGUGGCUAGGUUGGUUUCGCCACACUUCUCAACCACCGAGGUUCAGCUUCCAGGUAGGCCAGAGCCCAAGAUAUAGACCACUUCCCCACGCUGCCGGACUUUCCACUGUUAAGUAUUACUGCAGUCGUGCAGGAGGUUAAUGAUGAGCAUGCAGGCUAUAAUAAAGCUGUGUUACCUUUAGUGUUGAAGAUUGUGAACCAAAAGUCCGCUAAUAAGGUAUAAUUCAAGAUUCUUCACAGACCUCAGACAGAGUACGACCACUCAUCAUGGCAGUCAUGCCCUGCCCCUCGCCCCAGCCAGAUGUCUUCUAUCUUGACCUUUAUCAAACACAAAUGCAAUAUCUGAUUAAGAACAUUGUGUUUGUACACUACAGUAUUUUGUUUAUAAAAAAUUCAGUCUCAGAAAGUUUAUUUUAUUGCUCAAUCUAAAAAAAACAAAUAACCUUAAUUUAUUUUUCAGCAACAUUUCCAGUGAAAACAGAGGUUGCACCAAGGAUUAUAGAGCAAAACAUUGACCAGGGAGAUCAGCGCACUUCUGACAAUGCAGCCUUUCCAGACAUGGGGAUCGAUCCCUGCUUCACAGCUAACUCCAAGAUCAAUUCCUUCACAGAUCUCUCCCAAACUACCUUCCUCGAUGCCUCUAAGGAUCUCCCCCAUGAUAUGUAUGUAAAUAACACAGCCAGCGCUAAUCCUUUCACAAAUCACCCUGAGAUUUGCCCAGCAUCCUCCCUUCCCACCUUCCCAGAAAGCUUCCCAGAUUCGUGUAAGGAUUCCUACCUGGGUAUCUACCCUGGGACCUUCUCUGAGAGUGGCACGGUUACCUGUCCUGACACCUUGCUCAAUGGCUUCCAAGCUGCUUACUCCACCCCCUCAACAGAGCCCUUCCCAGGUAAGUGUCCUUGGCUUUAAUGUAUAUUAUAUCAAAUCCCUGCAUUUUCAUAUUAUUUAUAUAGAAUUAUUUUAUUUCUAGAACAACUUUGAUACACCCACACUGUUCUAGAACAAACUGUUUUGUCAUUAACCCCUUCUUUUCCAAACUAUAGAAACACACCAACAGUGGUUUUCCCUUACAAACAAUGCAAAGUGAUAUUAAGUAAUUAGAGCUCAACUUUCAUCCCUUUUCUCCAGUGUUAAGUUUGUAAUUAACAUGUUUUACUGAUUUAUAUUAUGUACAUUUUUUGUGUAUUGGUACAAAAAUAGAAAAAGAACCUGAGAAUCAGUUUAACCUGUAAUAACCCAGUGAAGAGACAACAAAAACAAGGCAAAAUAACCAGGAAUCAGAUUUUGUCCAUCUAUGCAUUACAGUAAAGAGCCUGACAUUAUAAUAGCUGACCUGGUAAAGAGGCAAACAAAUUUUGCUCUCUGGAACAUUUACCAUAUGGCUGUGCAAUCAAGCACUGGCUGUCCGGGCUCUUGCUCCCACGCCGCUCGCGGCGACCUUGCUUACCUCAUCACAGCGAGCAGUGUCAUUUGGUCUCUAUCUCCAGGCAGGCAGUGUGCCUGAUGCUGCACGCUCCAGAGCAGCUCCUUAUAUGUGUGCUGCACUCUGUCAUGUGACCCGGCACACAGUGAUGACCUCCAACCCCCAAGGUAGAGAAGAAACUCCUCCCACGUGUUGUGGUUAACACUAAUUGGAGAUUAGCCAUAUAUACAAAAGCUAACCCCUCUCUUCCCUCAGUGCCCUGUUGGGGUUUUUGGUUUAGUAUUAAACGUUACACUUGUUAUUUGGAUUUCCUGGUUACUGAUAUUUGGCUUUGUCUUUCGUUAUACCUCAGAGAGGUACCCGUUUUAUUAGAUGAUCUCUGUAACGAAACCCCUGUUUGGACAGGCUCAGGGAAACAGCAUUUCGUAUAAUAUUCGUAUGUUUGGCUAUUUCGUGUUGUUUGUAAAAGAGCUGAACAAACUCCUGAACAACCCGACCCCCCACCAAGGUCAUGUGCAGCUCAUUAACCACCCAGACCUUGCGGUUAACGCAAGUAAUUGUUGAAAGCCUUGGUGGUCUGCGUUCGUUUGCCGAACAUGUGGCGGUGGCCAUUUUAAAAUCGACAAAUGCUCAGCGGUAGAUGGUCGUGGACGCCAUGGAACUGUUUUCGGACACUUAUUUAGCCGCACACCGCUGAAGCGUACCAAGUUCCAGUCAUUCGUCUAAUAACUCACAAACACUCUACCGUUCGGGACUUUCCUACCAUACGAACUAGACCGACACCAGGUAGCUGCAGUUAUGGAACUCUUUUCGGAAUCAAUUGCACGAACAACCGGUGAACUAAAAACUUUACUCGACGGUAUUAAGUAUUGAGUACUGUGUUCGUGGGAUCUGAGCGCUAUUCGUCUAUAUUGUGCGCUCAGAUCCAAGCUAUCUGGGGGUAUGUGGAACAAGGAGACUAAGUUCGGCGAAAUAUAAGUUAUGGAUUUUAAUACAGUUUUGUAAAAAUGUAAAAAGGACACGUUUCUCUCUACUUGGAGAUAAUUAGGUUCUCUCCAACCACUUAAGUUAAUUAUGCCCAGGAUAGAGAGGAGGGGUUGCACUGUUACUGUGGGUGUGUUUAAUAUUUGUACUAUAAACUGAUUGGUUCUGUAUUUUGUGUCACAGUUUUCCACAAGGUCCCCUGGGAGACCAUCAUAAAAGGCAGAGUGUGGCCAGCAUUAAAACAGAUCGUUUUACCCCUUCAUGAAGUCUCGACUCAUGUUUGGGGAAUUGGGAGCUAUAAUCACUACUUUUCUAUUAUUCUGCUGGGAUUUUGGGAGAAGGAUCGGUCCUACAGGGAUAACAGGAUCCUUUACAUUGGUGGCAAGCAGCAGGAUUUUCUCCCGAACGGAUGUAACGAACCGAAACAAGUAGUGAAUGGCGCAUAGAUACGAACAUCUGAAAUGAACAAUGCUGAAAGAACUGCUGGAGGCUCAAGACAUAGUGGCAAGAAAUAAACUGAAAGCCACGCUAAUAGCCGAACUACUGGAGUGCGAGCAAACCAGCGAACAACAAAUGGCGAAUGGAAACGGAGUUCCAAAGGGACGUGAGAUGGAGACUGUGAAGAAACCCCCUGUUUCCUAUGUUAUUUACCCAUUGCAUUCCCUUUUUAUCUCCAUUUCUGCCUAUUGCAUUCGGUAGAUGGAACUACUGAACAAAGAUCACCCCUCGGGCUCAUUAAACAUUAAAGUUUGGGUAAAAUUGCUACCUCUGUAUGUGCGGCCAGCGUUCGUCAGUCGAACGCCACGUGGCAGAUAAAACCGCGGCCAUCUUUGUUCAUGCGAACAAAGGCAGCGGGACCUGGUCGUCGAGUGCAUGGAACUAAAAAUGGACACUUGACUUCCCGAACACCGGUCCCAAACAGACAAACGCUGGAACCCCAUUUACCGAAUAGCCAGAAGAGCGCUAUUCUGUACUUUGGUGUAUUCGACAGAGGGGCACGAACGCUGCUAAGAGCAAGAGGGAUCCAUUCGGUAUUUUAUUUGUUUUUAUGCUUUUAUGAAAGUGACCGGCAAAACCCACCAAAUUCAUGGAACUGUUUUGGGCAUACAGCCCAGGGUGAGCCGGUCACAAGAGACUUCCAUAAAUUUUGCGAACCCCUGAACCGAUCUGGGUGAAAUUCGGAUAUGUUGGUCACCCAGAUCAGGGCUAUCAGGGGAAAUAUAAUUUAUGGGGAUACCCCCAGUAUAAAGGGGUGUUCUAGAUAUUGGGGAAAAAGGUGAUUUUUCAGGCCGGAGAUAAUUAAGUUACUAUUUUAUCAGACUGAAUUAUCUCCUGGGCUAGGGGAGGGAAUUGUAGGUGUGUUAAAGUUUUAUUGCCUGUGAUUGGUUAAUGUUUGUCCCUCCCUGAGGGCUGUCCCCUUGUGUAAUGGCUACCCAGAUGGUGAGGGGGUAUCAGCCGUUGGAGACGUCCUUUCCCUGGCAAGAUGCUGUAUAAUAAUGGAGUUGUUCUUAUUCCCAUCCACGAGAUCCAAGGGUAGAAGCAGGCAUAGCUGGAAAAUGGAGCAGAGUAAUGGUGUAGUAAAUCACCUUUCAAGAACAAGACGAGGCUACGUUUUGAAGGGUCAAGCAGAACUAAUUUUUAUUGACAGGGUAUUCCUUUUAUGCAAUCCUGCCCUUGGGAGGGCGACACCUACAUAAUUAGUACAGUACCCAAUCACAAACAUGGUACAACCCCCACGUCUCCUCCCCUCAGAUAAACAUUUAACAUAAUUAUUGUGCACACAUUUUUACCCAAGUUUUGGAUGUACCCUAAAAACAGGGGGUAUCCCCAGAUAGACCUCACUCAGGGGAACAACAUACUGAAAAAUCAUCCCAUUCGGCGAAAGCGUUCGGGAGUUAUGGAGCUUUAAAGUUUUGACCGAAAAUAAUUCCAUAAGUUUUGGCCUUGCGGUCUGUCCUCGUUAGUGCGCUGAAAAAGCACGAAAAUCCUGCCAUCCGCAUAUAACUUGGUGUUCGCUGGAAUCCCCAUACAUAAUAUAUCCUUUCCGACCGUUCGGUUGUUUCAGCAUGAAAUUACGUUGUUAUGGAGGUCUCAGCGGUGUUCGCCUACUCGAGUGUCCGUUUUUAGUUCCAGACACUCAAUGGCAAAUCACCGCUGUUCAAGCGUAAGGUGGCCGCGAACACGUGCAAAGUCCCGAAAUGGCGGCCACCUAGAUUUUACACAAAGGAUUCGUGCAGUUAUCAUGCGAACGGUAUAUGCCGGUCUGGGAGGUAAAAUACCACUUAACUACACAGCAGGGUGGUCCGGUGUUCGGCAGUUUGCAUUCGUUUUUACUGCUAUAACAAUCCACAUACACAGGCAAGUAUGUUCUUUUGUAUUCCCAGGCUUAUGUCUUGUUAAAUAUGUCCAGGCAGAGAUUAUAGUUCUGUUACACCUUGCAUGGGGACUUGCAUAAAAGCUGUGUGCACCCAUUAAAGGCUAGUUCAUUUUGUACCCUUCUUCUUGACUUCCGCUGAUGUUUGGGGAUUCGUGUGUUUCACUAAGGGAAUUAUCUUGUGAAGCUAUUGGAAUUGCUAUAGGAUUCGUCUACCCUAUCUACCGAACGGAGGGCUAUAAUCACUAAGGCUCUGGUGGUUCGGGAGGAAACUACCAAAUGAGGUUUAAAUAUACUUGGUUUCCUUACAGAGACUUAGCCUGGUAGGAACUAACCCUACACCGGAGAUCGUGGUACAGAUCUUGGCACAAGCCACGGAGGCACAGAAUGCCUGAGAGACCAGAGACAGGUCACCUACUGUGGAUAUAUUGUCGCUAUCUGGAUCUACAAUGGAGCGUCCUCGCAAAAUCACGUAUGCAGACAGCUGGGGGCGAACACAUACCCCUUCGACAAAAGCAGUCGCACACUGUGUACAGGAGGAUUACAACCCCCCUGCCCAAGGGUUACCCAGUAACAACACUGAAAACUGGUCCAUGUUACAUGAAGUGAACCCCAUACAAGAUGAUGGAGAUAACCAGUCUCAUUACCGCCAGUCCGUGAAAUUAAAUGGACAAGAAGCUAGGGGGCUGAGAGACAGCAGGGCCACUAUUACUCUGGUACAACCUCACCGGGUCACACCUUCGCAGCACACAGGGCGCACCAUUGCUGUAAGGGUAGCCGGAGGAGCAAUACAUAAACUGCUGACGGCUCGAGAGCACAUUGAUUGGGGUACUGGGGCCAAGUCCGUAGAAGUGGGCAUCAUGCCAGAUUUACCCGCUGAAGUAUUAAUGGGAAAUGAUUUAGGGUGCUUGACGUCCCAAUUUGUAGCACCCUACCCAGAAGGAGCGUUACUUGUCUCCACCCGGCAGCAGUCCAGAGCUAUGGAGGCCUCCCCCUCAUCCAACGACCAGGUAAGCAAUAACCCCCUGACAGUUAACCCUGACCAUUCCUACUGGGGUAACCCUCAAGACUUUGGGCAGGCCCAGCGGGAGGACCCCACACUAAGAGGGUAUUGGAUGGAGGCAGACCAACCCCAGGGAGAUGUAGAUCAGGCAAGGUUUACCUGGGAGAAGGGUUUACUAUACCGGGUGACAGGGGGGACAGAGAAAGGAGUGGGCCAAGUAGCUAAGACACAAUUAAUAGUACCCCGUAAGUAUCGGGCUGAAUUAUUGCGUGUCAGCCAUGAUAUUCCCAUAGCAGGCCAUUUAGGGAUAAAAAAGACUAGGGACAGGCUCACCCAGUUGUUCUUCUGGCCGGGAGUCACUAGGGACUUGCAGGAUUACUGUCGGACCUGCGAUGUAUGCCAAAAAGUGGCAGAGAGGGGGGACCAUCCCAGAGCAAAACUGCGCCCUCUACCCAUAAUCGAUGAACCCUUUUUCUGGGUGGCCGUAGAUUUAGUCGGGCCACUCAGCAAACCCAGUCCAUCUGGUAAGAAAUACAUUAUUACUGUGGUGGACUAUGCCACUCGCUAUCCAGAAGCAAUAGUCCUGUCAAAUAUACAUGCAGAGACAGUGGCGGAAGCACUGGUUCAGGUGUUCACUAGGGUUGGAUUCCCUAGAGAGAUAGUGUCUGAUCAGGGAACCCAAUUCACAGCAGGGAUUACCCAACAGCUCUGGCAGAGCUGUGGGGUAAAGCCCAUACUAAGUUCACCCUAUCACCCCCAGAUGAACGGCCUCUGUGAGCAUUUUAAUGGCACCCUUAUACAAAUGCUGAUCACGUUCACAGAGACCUGUCGGAAUUGGGAAAAGUUCCUCCCACACCUGCUCUUUGCGUACCGGGAAGUACCUCAGGAGUCCACCGGAUUCUCUCCGUUUGAAUUACUAUAAGGGAGACGGGUCCGGGGACCCCUGGACCUGGUAUGUGAACAUUGGGAAGGUGAUAUGGGAGAUGCAGGUACCCCUGUAGUACCAUUUGUGCUGGAGUUGAGGGACCAUCUACAGGCUGUGACCGAAAUGGUUCUGGAGAACCUGCGGGCAGCGCAACAGCGACAAAAACACUGGUAUGAUAGGGGGGCUAGGGACCGUAUACUGGAACUAGGACAAAAGGUCCUGGUGCUAAAGCCCACUAAGACAAAAGGUCCUGGUGCUUACGUUGCAAGCCUCCUGUCAGGGUCCCUACACUGUGAUAGACAGGAUCAGUGAUACCACUUACAUUGUGGCAGACUGUUCAGAUGAAAGGAUCCGACGAUCCUUUCAUGUGAAUAUGCUCAAGCCAUAUCUCGAGAGACCAGAGGAAGUCUCCGCCGGAUGCGCUCCCGCUUAUAAGGAUAGUGAGGGUAUUCCUUUACACGACUUACUUCCUCAGGAACCAAAGGGGUAGAACAAGUACAGUUAGGCCCCGAAUUGAACCUAAACGAGCAAGCUCAGGCUUCCCAACUCUUAAAGGGAUUUAGGGGCAUGUUUUCAGCGGCCCCAGGCUAUAUGACCCUAGCAGUCCACAGAGUGGAGACCCCAGGCCAGUUACCCCUGUGGCAGCAGCCCUACCGGAUUCCUGAAGCAGUGCGGGAAAGUAUGUUAAAAGAAAUCCAGGAUAUGCUAGAGUUGGGAGUAAUAGAGCCUUCUCAAAGCCCGUGGGCUUCCGCAGUGGUCCUGGUUCCCAAAAAAGACAGUACCACGCGUUUCUGCAUAGAUUAUCACAAAUUAAACGAUAGGACAGUCACAGACGCAUACCCCAUGCCCAGAGUAGACGAGUUACUUGACCGUAAGGCUGGGGGGAAUUAUCUGACCACUAUUGAUUUGUAUAAAGGGUAUUGUCAAACCCCCUUGGAGCCUGCAGCCAUCCCAAAGUCGGCAUUCGUCACCCCAUUUGGCCUGUACCAUUUUACGUUCAUGUCAUUUGGGAUGAAAAAUGCCCCGGCUACUUUCCAAAGGAUGGCUGACCGGCUCCUAGAGGGAUUUCAGGACUUCGCUUGUACCUAUCUGGAUCUUCAGUGGCACUUGGGAGGCCCAUCUGGAACACAUUUCAGUAGUGCUCAACCGGAUUCAAACCGCAGGGCUCUCCUUGAAGCACGAAAAAUGCCACGUAGGCAUGGCCAAAGUCCAGUAUUUAGGACACAGAGUAGGGUCAGGGAAACAAAGGACAGAACCCACAAAAAUUGAGGCCAUCACUCAGUGGCCCCAACCCCGGACUAAGACACAGGUUAUGGCGUUCUUGGGCACCGCUGGUUAUUAUAGAAAAUUUGUACCUGAAAUACAGUGCCCUGGCCAAACCCCUGACUGACCUCACUAAAAAGUCCUUGCCCCGACAAGUAGUCGGGGCACUCCAAUGAGUACGAGGAGGACUUCCAGAAACUCAAAGCUGCGUUAAGUGCAUCUCCUGUGUUGACAGCACCUGAUCAUACUAAAAGAUUUCUCGUUCACACAGAUGCCGCAAUGUUUGGACUGGGAGCCGUAUUAAGCCAGGUUGGGGACGAUGGCAUGGACCACCCGGUGGCAUAUCUGAGCAGGAAACUAUUACCAUGCGAAGUCAGCUAUGCCACCGUUGAAAGAGUGUCUGGCAUUAGUUUGGGCCCUUAAGAAAUUGCAACCUUACCUCUAUGGACGUUCCUUCACAGUAAUGACAGACCAUAACCCUCUGAUUUGGCUUAACAGACUGGCCGGAGAUAACCCCAGACUACUCAGAUGAAGCUUGGCACUACAACCCUAUAAUUUCACGAUGCAGUAUCGCCCCGGGAAGCAGAACGCCAACGCUGAUGGCUUAUACGGACAGAGAAAUAACACUGCCAUCCGGACAUCCCCUAGCCGACCCGUUAGGAUCUAAGCGGGUAUGCCGUUCCAUGGGACUAAGGGGGAGCUGUGUAACGAAACCGUUGUUUGGACAGGCUCAGGGAAACAGCAUUUCGUAUAAUAUUUGUAUGUUUGGCUAUUUCGUGUUGUUUGUAAAAGAGCCAAGCGAACUCCCGAACCACCCGACCCCCCACCAGGGUCGUGUGCAGCUCAUUAACCACCCAGACCUUGCGGUUAAUCGCAAGUAAUUGAUGAAAGGCUUUUCGUUUGCCGAACAUGUGGUGGUGGCCAUUUUAAAAUCGUUGAACGCUCAGCAGUAGCUGGUCGUCGACGCCCUGGAACUGUUUUCGGACACUUAUUUAGCCGCACACUGCUGAAGCGUACCAAGUUUCAGUCCAUUUGUCUAAUAACUCACGAACACUCUACUGUUCGGGACUUUCCUACCAUAUGAACUAGACCAACCCCAGGUAGCUGCAGUUAUGGAAUUCUUUUCGGAUUCAAUUGCACGAACAACCGGUGAACUAAAACUUUACUCGACGGUAUUGAGAACUGUGUUCGUGGGAUCUGAGCGCUAUUCGUCUAUAUUGUGCGCUCCGAUCCAAGCUAUCUGGGGGUAUGUGGAACAAGGAGACUAAGUUCGGCGAAAUAUAAGUUAUAGAUUUUAAUACAGUUUUGUCAAAAUGUAAAAAGGACAUGUUUCACUCUACCUGGAGAUAAUUAGGUUCUCUCUAACCACUUAAGUUAAUUAUCUCCAGGAUAGAGAGGAGGGGUUGCACUUUUACCGUGGGUGUGUUUAAUAAUUGUACUGUAAACUGAUUGGUUCUGUAUUUUGUGUCACAGUUUUCCACCAGGUCCCCUGUGGGAGUUUCCUUGCUGGGAGACCAUCAUAAAAGGCCGAGUGUGGCCAGCAUUAAAGCAGAUCGUUUUACCCCUUCAUGAAGUCUCGACUCAUGUUUGGGGAAUUGGGAGCUAUAAUCACUAAUUCGCUAUUAUUCUGCUGGGAUUUCGGGAGAAGCUGCAAGGAUUGGUCCUACAGGGAUAACAGGAUCCUUUACAAUCUCAUCGACUAUUGCAUUGUUAUAGACAAUCGUAUUAGAGAGAGAUGCUCUUAGCGACAGUCUUAUAGCUGGAUGCAGGCUCAAACCAUGCCCACCUUGCCCUAUGCUUCUCUACGUGCUUUGCCUCCCUGUGGGCCACCACCAGAACCUAUGCACAUAGGAACCACUAAGUUACCCGAAGAGGAGAAACAACGCAGAAAGAGAGAAGGCUCAUGCCAAAAGGGGGCAUGUAAGGACAUGUCCUGACCUGCAGGGAAACGCCAGCAACUAAGACAAGAGAUUGGGUUGGUCUUGGGUGUUAUGGAGUUAUCUCCUCACAACAAAUAUUCUAGACCGCUUCUAGUGGUUACCCUCACCUUUAACGGCGAGACCAUGCAUACCAAGGCCCUACCAGACUCAGGUGCAGCUGGCAACUUUAUAGACCAGUCCUUUGUGGAGUACCACGUCAUGACCUUGGUACGCUUUACAGUAGCCUUCCAUGCUCGUUUUCCCUUGAAGUCUCUGACUUCCUGCUCUCCUGGUAGUCAUCGGGGCGCGGGGGGGGGAGUUAAGUAAGGACCCCUGCCCCCUCAGCACAGCGAGCGGCGUCAUCUGGUCCCUGUCUCCAGACUGGCAGUGUGUCUGACGCUGCACGCUCCAGAGCAGCUUCCUUAUAUGUGUGCUGCACAUGUUGUGGUUAACACUAAUUGGAGGUUAGCCAAUCAGACACACCAUGUGUGUGUAUAAGCUAACCUCUCCCUUGCCUCAGUGCCCUAUUGUGGUCUUUGGUUUACCAUUGAGCAUUGCACUUGUUAUUUGGAUUUCCAGGUUACUGAUAUAUGGCUUUGUCUCUCAUUAUUCAGUCUCUCUGUUUCCCUUGACCUUGGCUCGUGUUUUCACUAUCCCUUUUUGCAUAACCCGACCAUGCUAAGGAUUGGUAUUGCAAUUCUCUCUACUCUGUCCUGUCUGCAUGACAGGAACGUAGUGAAAGUUACACUGGCACAGGGUUAAUAAUAUCAAGUGAAAACAAAUGGGUUGCCACCUUUCUUGGGGGAAAAACAUACCGGCCAUAUUAAUUUGCAUAAUUAAUUAUGCAUGCAUGACAUUACAAGAUGUAAAUCACAAGGUCUGACAUAACAAAAAUUUUUUUUUAAAUCACCCAAAAACUACUUGCAGUUUGAUUGAUUGCUCCUACUGUCUCCCAGCGCGGUGUCUUCAUGUCUCCCAGUGUCCUCUAGUGUCCCUAUGUCUCCCAAUGUCCGUGUCCCUAUGUGUCAGUAGUGUCCCCAUGUCUAACAGUGUCUGUGUCCCUAGUGUACCCAUUUCUCACAGUGUCCCCAGAUGUCUAAGUGUCCCCACGUUUCUGUGUCCACUAGUGUCUUUGUGAUCCCAUGUCUCCCUGUGUCCCCCUGUCUCCCAGUGUCCCCAUGUCUGUGUGAUUCAGUGACCCCUAGUGUCUGAGUCCCCAGUGUCUUUGUGCCUAGUGUCUGUGUCCCCUAGUCUCCCAAUAUCCCCCUGUCUUCUAGUGUCUGUGUCCCCAUGUCUCUGUGUCUCACAGGAUGCCCCAGUGUCCCUCCAUGUCUCCCCUAGUGUCCCCAUGUCUCCCAUGGUGUCUGUGUCCCCAUGUCUUCUAGUUCUCACUAGUGUCUGUGUCCCCAUGUAUCCCGGUGUCCCCAUGUCUGUCCGCAUGUCUCCCAAGACUCCCCUAGUGUCCCCAUGUCUCCCAGAUUCUCUUAGUGUCCCCAUGUCUCCCAGUGUCCCCUGGUGUGUCUCAUUGUCCUCAUGUCUACUAGGAACCCCCAGUAUCCCCAUGUCUCUGUAUGCCCCAGUGUCCCUGUGUCUCCCAGUGUCCCCAUGUCUCUGUGUUCCCUGUGGGUCUGUGUCCCUCAUUGUCCGCAUGUCUGUGUCCCCAUGUCUACUAGGAUCGUCCAGUGUCCCCAUGUCUCGUCUGUGUCGCCCCUGUGUCCCCAUGUCACUGUCUCUCCCAGGAAACCCCUGUGUCCCUAUGUCUUUGUGUGCCCAGUGUCUCCAUGUCUAUGUGUAUCCCCUGUGUCACCAUGUCUCUGUGUCUCCCAUGAUCCCCUUGUGUCCCUAUGUCUGUGACACUCUGGGCUGCUCCCCCACUAAUCAGUAAGUAAGGAGAGGCAGGGAGGGAGAUGCUAUAACUUCCUAUCCCUGUCUCUCACCACAAACACAGUGCUGUUUAUACUGAGGAAAAUACCAGCAUUUAUAUUGUCGAUAUUACUGUAAUAGUGGAACCGGCCAGGCAGCCUUAAAUACUGGCUGUGCUGGUAAAAUACAGAGAAGGUGGCAGCCCUGUUGGGAGGUGGGGCACACAGAAUGAUUCCUUCUCGUAUGCAUGCGCAUUUUGUGUAAAGAUUAGAGCAGCCCGUCUGUGGCACCCCAGCCUUCGGUUACCCACUUGCCAUCCUAGCCAUGUGUUGCUGAACCUAAAAAUCAAAAUAAAACGAUCCUAAAUUUGGAAAUAUUUGAUUGCUUAAAUUAUUCUCCAUGUGUGGUUUGUUUUAUAAGUUGUACAUAUAAGUGUGUUCCCCAGCACCUCCUGGCUAUCAUUACAUUCUGUUGGGUAAUUUAAUGUUCUUUAUGAAUGGAAUAUAGAUAUACAGUGAGGUCAAACGUAUUUGAUCCCCCGCUGAUUUUGAACGUUUGUCCACUGACAAAUAAAUGAUCAGUCUAUAAUUUUAAUGGUAGGUGUAUUUUAACAGUGAGAGACAGAAUAAGAAAAAAAAAUAAUAAUCCAGAAAAACGCAUGUCAAAAAAGUUAUAAAUUGAUUUGCAUGUCAAUGAGUGAAAUAAGUAUUUGAUCCCCUAUCAAUCAGCAAGAUUUCUGGCUCCCAGGUGUCUUUUAUACAGGUAACGAUCUGAGAUUAGGAGUGCUCCUAAUCUCAGCUCGUUACCUGUAUAAAAGACACCUAUCCACAGAAGCAAUCAAUCAAUCAGAUUCCAAACUCUCCCCCAUGGCCAAGACCAAAGAGCUGUCUAAGGAUGUCAGGGACAAGAUUGUAGGCCUACACAAGGCUGGAAUGGGCUACAAGACCAUCACUAAGCAGCUUGGUGAGAAGGUGACAACAGUUGGUGCGAUUAUUCGCAAAUGGAAGAAACACAAAAUAACGGUCAGUCUCCCUCGGUCUGGUGCUCUGUGCAAAAUCUCCCCUCGUGGAGUUUCAAUGGUCAUUAGAACGGUGAGGAAUCCGCCCAGAACUACACGGGAGGAUAUUGUUAAUGUUAAUGAUCUUAAGGCAGCUGGGACCAUAGUCACCAAGAAAACAAGUGGUAACACACUUCGUCGUGAAGGACUGAAGCGCCUGCAGCGCCCGCAAAGUCCCCCUGCUCAAGAAAGCACAUGUACAGGCCUGUCUGAAGUUUGCCCAUGAACAUUUGAAUGAUUCAGAGGAGAACUGGGUGAAAGUGCUGUGGUCAGAUGAGACCAAAAUCAAGCUCUUUGGCCUUGGGGUCAUAGGCAGCAUUCUCCACACUUUCCGUGUGUGGAGAAUGCUGCCUAUGCCCCCAAGAACACAAUCACCACCAUCAAACAUGGAGGUGAAAACAUUAUGCUUUGAGGGUGUUUUUCUGCUAAGGGGACAGGACAACUGCACCACAUCAAAGGGACGAUUAUUCGGAAAUGGAAUAAACACAAAUUAACGGUCAGUCUCCUCGGUCUGGUGCUCCGUGCAAAAUCUCCCCUCGUGGAGUUUCAAUGGUCAUUAGAAUGGUGAGGAAUCCGCCCAGAACUACACGGGAGGAUCUUGUUAAUGUUAAUGAUCUUAAGGCAGCUGGGACCAUAGUCACCAAGAAAACAAGUGGUAACACACUUCGUCGGGAGGAUCUUGUUAAUGUUAAUGCUCCGUCAAAUCUUGGGUGAGAACCUCGUUCGCUCAGCCAGGGCAUUGAAAAUGGGUCGUGGAACUCAAAUGUGGGUAGCACAUGCUGUAAUACCUUUGUGUGAGGAGUAUGCUUUGUCCUAUUCAUCUAGAGUUAUAAUUUUCUCUAAUUCUUUGUGCCAUGCUUGUAUGUGUGUGUCUUUCCCCUGGUCUGCCUCUUGGAGAAGUGCUUUAUAGCUUACGGAGAUUAAUUUUUUGGGGUGGUUUUCUAUGGGCGCAUAUCAGUUCAAAAUCGGACAUACUGUUGCAAGAAAAAGCGAUUUAAACCAGACAUCCCAAGAAUAUUGCUGAACUGAAACAGUUCUGUAAAGAGGAAUGGUCCAGAGUUAUUCCUGACCGUUGUGCACGUCUGAUCUGCAACUACAGGAAACAUUUGGUUGAAGUUAUUGCUGCCAAAGGAGGUUCAACCAGUUAUUAAAUCCAAGGGUUCACAUACUUUUUCCACCUGCACUGUGAAUGUUUACAUGGUGUGUUCAAUAAAAACAUGGCAACAUUUCAUUCUUUGUGUGUUAUUAAUUUAAGCAGACUGUGAUUGUCUAUUGUUGUGACUUAGAUGAUGAUCAGAUCACAUUUUAUGACCAAUUUGUGCAGAAAUCCAUAUCAUUCCAAAGGGUUCACAUACUUUUUCUUGCAACUGUAUGUGCAUUUGGUGAGGUUGUUUUUAGCUUGUUGAGUUUCUUUUGGGUAAGGUAUGAUUUUAUUUGCAGGUAGGUGAAAAGUAGUUUGUGCGGGAGGUUGAAUUCUUGUUGUAUGUCUGCAAAGGGUUUUAUGCUCUUGUCUUUGAAUAGCUUCCCUAUCUCCUGGAUGCCACCCUGUACCCAUAGAUGUGUGUUCAAAGUUGGUAUUACGGGUUCUACGGCUGUCAUUGGGGCUGCCAUUGGCAUUGGUAGAAUAUUUUCUACCAAAAGUUUGGAUGUACCCCUACAUUUAGGGUACCAACAUAUUUAAAAAUCAGCUCAAUCGGUUCAGCCGUUCGGGAGAUAUGGGACUUAGAAGUUUUGACCGACCGCACGGGCACAGUAGCCGAAAACAGUUCCAUGAAUGCUGGCCCUGCAGUCGGUCUAAGAACGUGGGUAAAAACUCCCGAACGGCCGGCCAUCCGUAUGCCAUCCUGGGUUUGCUGAAAUCCCCAUCUGCUGCUGAUUCUUUCUACCGAACGCCAGGUAGUUUUGGCGAUGUUUUCCCGAAGGUAUGGAGGACUCAGCGGUGUUCGCCUGUUUGAGUGUCCGAUUUUAGUUCCAGACAUUCAAUGGCAAACACCGCUGUUCGGGAGUUAAAAUGGCCGCGAACACGUGGAAGUCCCGAAAUGGCGGCUGAGCUUACAGUUCCCAUAGCGUUCGUGCGGUUGGUUUGAAUAAAAGUGCCCAUCAAGCAGGGAGGUAAAUUGGACAUAAUUAACAGUCAGGGUGGCCUGUUAAAGGCAGGUAAGCAUUCGCAUGGAGAAUGCUUACAAAAUACCGAACGGCUUUAUAAUCCAUAGGUCUUUUACAGUCAGACUGUGCUUCUUGUUACAGUCUCCGUAGUAGGUUUGUGGUUACUCUAGGUUUUUUGUUUUGUCAUGUGAAGUUGAUUAACAUUUUUGUUCGGGUUUUGAUGUAGGUUCCUGGUAAUGGAAUAUGCAGUGUUCUGUAUAAAUAUUGUAAUUUCGUUAAUAGGGACAUUUUCACCACCUCUAUGCGUCCAACACAUGAUACAAAUUUCCCCUCCCUAGAUUAUAGUACUGUUUUAAAGAUUGUAAGUAGGGGGUGGUAGUUAGUUUUGAAUGGGGAGGUUGUGAUUUUUUGUCAUUUUUAUUCCUAGGAACGUUAGUUUUGGGUAAAUUGAUGCUUAGGGCUUGUGUUUUGGUAACAUUUAAUUUGUAGUAUGAUAUCUGCCCGUAUGAUGUGGUGUGGUGCAUAAGAUUUGGCAGGGAAAUUUGUGGUUGGGUGAGGGUUAGAAAUAAAUACCAGUGGUAUAUCUAAUAGUGACCAUAAAGCUCAAAAACACCCGUGUGGUAUCCCCUAUACCAACACCAAAGAUACAUACAAUACAAACACAAUAGUUGGAGCAAAUAUUAUACUUUCCUCUCUUCUCAAUGAUUUCAGCAAUGCUGUGGAGACAGAGAGGUAUACAAAUAGUGCAGAUAACUCUAAGUUACAAUGUAAAAAUAACAUAUGCAAGGAAACACUCACAAAAUUAGAGCCAAUAUUAAACCUGGCUCUGGUAUGGAUGGCUUUAGGAUAUUUUAGGGGUGAUCCAAAUCAGUCUCUGGAUGGUCUGGAUAUCCGGUCUUUACUGUGGAAAAUUUCUCCCAAUAAUAAACUGCAGGGGAUCCAGAUAAGUAUAAAGUAAAAAAUAUUUAUUAGAUACAGAUAAAAUAAAAAAUGUAAAUAAAAUCUAUGAGAGAAGUAAAAUGCUGCCAAAACGCGUUUCGCCUAGCAUGGCUUCCUCAGUUGGCUGAAUUCUUGUUUGUAAGUCCAUACAGGUCUUUAAAUGCUAUGUAUAAUCCAAAUUUGCAGGGUUUUUUUCCCUGUGGAACGCAACUUGCAUUCCAUUCCUCCGUCUGCGUUUCACUUCCUGGUUCCAGUCACGUGGAGCCUCAGUAUUACUGGAACGAAUAACACUUCCUGGUUACGAUUUCCGACAUGAAUGGAACGCAUCGUGCGUUCCAUUAGAGUGACGGCACACCUCCAAUUUCCUCAUUUGUGCAGUCUGUAUGUGUGGAACGCACUCCGCGUUCCACCAAAUUUAGAAUCCUUUACCCUUUCUCGGUCUCUUAGUUUAUAUAAUAAAAACAGUCUCUAUACACACUGUAUUCCUAUAAAUUGUCCAACAGAAUAAUACAUCUUCUUGACAUGAAGUAUACAUUGAUAUUAACUAAUAUAAUUGGAGAGAUAGAUAAAUAAAAAUGAAUUAUAUCAAUAAAAUCAUCAUUUUACAUCUUAAAAUAACAUUAUAGCUACAUAAUGUAAUUCUUUAUAUAUAAUUGCGAGAUCUUUGAGUGUCAAUUUUUAAAGUGACAGUGCAAAUUUCAUUUAAAUAUUGCUAAAUUGUAUGUAAUUUAGUAGUGAAUCCAUUUCUAUAGUUUUAUGUGGACUCUCGAUAUCAUCCCACUUCACACAAAAUUCUAAAAGUGAGACAAUGAACCCAGACAGAUAUUAGUUAAAGUGACAUGUUGCCUAAUUCAGUAUUCUUAUUAAAGGAACACUAUAGUCACCUAAAUUACUUGGAUAAAUAAAGCAGUUUUAGUGUAUAGAUCAUUCCCCUGCAAUUUCACUGCUCAAUUCACGGUCAUUUAGGAGUUAAAUCACUUUGUUUCUGUUUACGCAGCCCUAGCCACACCCCCCCGGCUAUGAUUGACAGAGCCUGCAUAAAAAAACAAACUGGUUUCACUUUCAAACAGAUGGAAUUUACCUUAAAUAAUUGUAUCUCAAUCUCUAAAUUGAACUUUAAUCACAUACAGGAGGCUCUUGCAGGGUCUAGCAAGCUAUUAACAUAGCAGGGGAUAAGAAAAUCUUAAUUAAACAGAACUUGCAAUAAAGAAAGCCUAAAUAGGGCUCUCUUUACAGGAAGUGUUUAUGGAAGGCUGUGCAAGUCACAUGCAGGGAGGUGUGACUAGGGUUCAUAAACAAAGGGAUUUAACUCCUAAAUGGCAGAGGAUUGAGCAGUGAGGCUGCAGGGGCAUGUUCUGUACACAAAAACUGUUUCAUUAAGCUAAAGUUGUUCAGAUGACUAUAGUGUCCCUUUAAGGAAUAACCCAAUUAUCUCCAGGCAGAAGACACACAGUUGCCCAAAAACUUGGAACACUCCUUUAUACACAAGGUAUCCCCACACGUCCCCUGAUAGCCCCGAUGUGGGAGACCAACAUAUUCAAAUUUCACCCAAAUCGGUUCAGGGGUACUCAAAAAGUAUGGAAGUUUUAGUUCACCGACCGCACACGAGGCUCCUGCCCAAAACAGUUACACAAAUUCAGUGUGUGCGGUCGGUCAAUUCAGAGAAUAGCAUAAAAGCACGAAUGGAGCCUCCUGGCUCAUAGGAGCGAUUGCUCCCCGUGUUCGUAUGAACCAAGCUACCGGAUGGUGCUCUCCUAGCUGUUCGGCAACAAAAGGAAGCAGGCGUUCAUAUGUUUCAGCGGUGGUUCGGGAAGUCGAGUAUCCGAUUUUUAGUUCCACACUUUCGACAACCAAGUCCCGCUGCCUCCUUUCAUGCAAACAAGAUGGCCGCCGUUUUCUGGCAUUCGCAUUUACGAAUGGCGGCCGCCCAGAGAGCGCUUAAUAGACGGUUCCCUUUGAAGGUAAUGAGCCAGGAGGGUGGUCAGUUUUCGGUAGUUUAAUCUACUGAACCAAUAAAUCCCAAAUAAAAGAAUACAGCGGACAGUCACGAGUAAAAGAAGAAAAUGCUGAAAAUAAUUUGUGAAUAAAUUCCCCUUUAGUACACUAUUUCUGCCCAUUUGCAUUUGGUAGAUGUAACUACUGAACAAAGACCACCCCCCCUGGCUCGUUAAGCAUCAAAGACUACUUCAAUUGAGGCUUCUGUCUGUGCGGCCAGCGUUCGUACUGCCGAACACCACGUGGCAGAGAAAACCGCGGCCAUCUUUGUUCAUGCGAACAAAGGCAGCGGGACUUGGUCGUCGAGUGUAUGGAACUGAAAUCGGACACUCGACUUCCCAAACACCCGUCUCAAACAGACAAACGCUGGAACUCUACUUACCAAAUAGCUAGAAGAGCGCCAUUCGGUACUUUGGUGCAUUCGACAGAGGGGAACGAUCGCUGCUAAGAGCCAGGGGGUUUGUUCGGUUUUCUCCUAUUUCUAAAGUGACCGGCAAAACCCACCAAAUUCAUGGAACUGUUUUGGGCAUACAGCCCAGGAUGAGCCGGUCCCAGAAGACCUCCAUAGUUUUUGCGAACCCCUGAACCGAUCUGGGUGAAAUUCGGAUAUGUUGGUCACCCAGAUCAAGGCUAUCAGGGGACAUGUUAUUUGUGGGGAUACCCCAAGUAUAAAGGGGUGUACCAGUUAUUGGGGAAAAAGGUGAUUUUUCAACCUGGAGAUAAUUAAGUUAUUCUUUUAUCAGAAUUAAUUAUCUCCAGAGCUAGGGGAGGGAACUGUGGGUGUGUGUUAUGUUUUUACAGUACGUGAUUGUUGAAUGUUUGUCCCUCCCUGAGGGCUGUCCUCUUGCAUGGGGACUUGCAUAAAAGCCUGUGUGCACCCAUUAAAAGGCAGUUAAUUUUGUACCCUUCUUCUUGACUUCGGCUGAUGUUUGGGGAUUCGUGUGUUUCACUAAGGGAAUCCUCUUGUGAAGCUAUUGGAAUUACUAUAGGGUUUGUCUACUCUGUCUACCGAACGGAGGGCUAUAAUCAUUAAGGGUCUGGCGGUUCGGGAGGAAACUACCGAAUGAGGUUUAAAUAUACUUGGUUUCCUUACAACUGGUGGCAAGCGGAGGGAUUCGAAUCCCGAAUAGACGUUCUGAACCAAGCAAGGGCUCUACCUGACUCCCGCCUUGGAUCCAGCGGAUGGGAAUAAGCAACUCCCUUACUUUACAGCAACUUGCCGGGAAGAAAAGGACGUCUCCAACGGCUGAUACCCUCUUACUAUCUGGGUAGCUGUUACAGGACCUUCCCGGUAUUAUCUGCUCCCUGUCUCCCUGCCACUAAUUCAUCAUGAAUUAGGGUUGGUAGUAUUGACCCCAGUCGGCGGGCGUAGAUUUUAGCGAAUAAUUUAGCGUCUGUGUUGAGGGAAAUUGGUCUGAAGUUUGGGUCGGAGGUUUGCCAGGUUUUGGGAGUGUUAUGUGUGCCAGCUGGUAUUCCGCUGGCAGCGAUUUUUCUUGUGUGGCAGAGUUGAAUAAGGAUGUUCAAGGGUGGAGCUAAUUUUGUUGCGAAUUUUUUAUAGUAUACGUUUGUAAAGCCGUCUGGGUCUGGUGCUUUAUUCUUUGGUAGGGUGCGUAUGGCAUCUUCUACUUCUCUUAUGGAGACUAGGCUUUAUAGUGAGGUAAUUUGGUCUUGGGUGAGUGUAGGUAGUGGUGUGUCGUGUAGGUAGGACAUUGUAUCGUGGUCGGUCGGGUUGGUUAAUUGAUCAGAUUGUGCUAGGUUUUAAAGCUUGUCAUAGCACACUGCAAAUGUAUUGCUGAUGUCUAUGGGGGAAAGGACCUUCUUGUUGUCGUGUGUAAAUAUAUGUGGGAUUUUGGCAUUCGCUACUACUCGUUUCAGUCUAGCCGCUAAUGUUUUGCUGGCUUUGUUCCCUUGUGCGUAGUGUGUAGCUUUGAGCUUGUGUAAAAUAAAUCCCACUUGCUGCAGUGUAUGCGAUUUAAUCUUGUCUGUAAUAUCACUAAUUGCCUUUGUUGCUAUUGUUGGGUUUGUUUUGUUCUCGUUUGUGAGGUCUGUGAGUUGCUUGUGCCAGGCCACCCAUUGUGCUCUGUUAGUGUGUUCAAGAUGUGACGCUCUCUUAAUCAGAAGCCCCCUGAUCACUGCUUUGUGUGCUUGCCAUAUGGUACUUGCUGAUGUCUCCUGUGUCGUUUAAUUCGAAGUAUUCCGUAAUGGCUUCUUCGAUUUGUUUUAAGAAAGGAAGGUCUGUCAACAGUGACUCGUUGAGUCUCCACGGGCUUUGAGUCAUAGUUGUCUUUUAGGGUUAGUGUUAUCGGGACUUGGUCUAGAUGUUGGCUCUCUGUGGAAUCUAUCAAUUCUGGUGUAUGUGGGGGAAUAGUAAGUAUAGUUCCUGUCUUGUGGAUGUAGGACUUUCCAUAUAUCAUACAGUUUGUAGCUGUCUAAUCGUUUAACCCCUUAAGGACCAAACUUCUGGAAUAAAAGGGAAUCAUGACAUGUCACACAUGUCAUGUGUCCUUAAGGGGUUAAGAUAAGUUGUGCAUGCUUUUUGUUGCUUGGUCUGUAUGACUUUGGUUGCUCAGGAGGUGGUGUCGUUUUUAGGGUCUAGGAUUUGGUUGAAGUCCCCACAUAGGACUAGUAUUCCAUCUUGAGUCUGUUGUAAUAGGGUUUGGUCCUUAAGGGGUUAAACUAUUAGGACUUUAUGUAGGAAGUUUCUUUGAUUUGUGUUUGGAUCAUAUACGUAGGCUAAAGUGUAUUUGGUGUUAUUGAUCGUGCAUAGACCUUUAAGGUAUCUGCCCUCCUGGUCUAUCUGUGAGGAGUGGUGUUGGAAGGAGACUGCGUUGCUAAUCAUUAUUGACGCUCCUCUUGUUUUUUUUUUUUUUUUUCCGAAGUGGCAUGGAACUGGUGCGGGUAGAUGGAUGGUUUUAUAGUUGGUGGUGUUUUGAAGUGUGUUUCUUGGAGACAAAUCACAUCGGGCUGGUCCCUUUUGAGAUCUCUAAAGAGGCAGUGCCUCUUAUAUGGGGUGUUUAACCCUCUAGCAUUGUAGCUCUGUAUUUUCAUACUUUAGUGUGGUGUCUUGGGGUGCUGUGGUGAAGUCCAUCUUAGUAAUUCCAUAUUGUUCCUUCCCUUUUGAAGUUAUGCGAGUUUGAUGAUCUUAGAUUGUAAAGUCCAGCUGGAGAUUUAUUUAAUCUCCGGAAUGAAACUGGAGGUGGGGAUUUCUCCUGUUUAUUCCUCAGGGAUUGAGUUAAAGCAGUGUUAUGUUAUGUCCAGACAGGUGUACCAGCAUCUUUUAUUUUGAAUAUUAAAAUUCAUACAGUGCCAAAUAGGACAACAGUUUUCUAUUGAUAUGACCAUACUAUGGAUACUAUAGGCAGUUUGGCUGAAACUGGCCAAAAGCAUGUUUCGAAGAUGACAAAAACAUGAGGAUUUAUAAACACACACUGUAUUUCAGUUAAAUGCAUGGGCUUUGGUCACAUGAGAAUAGCCUCCUCCACGGAACAAGGGGCACCAAUGUCUAUAUAUUAUAAAAAUUAUAUACAGAUAAAUUAUAUUGCAUGGCCUCUUAAUUAAUAAAAAAAGACACUUUUCCUUUAACCUUAAUAAUUAACACAUAAAAACCUGUAGAUGCAUGUUUUUGUCCUGUGGAUUGUAGUAUUUAUAUUUGGUGUUUUUCUUCAAUAGGUAAAUUUCCCAAUAUUCAAAUCAAGCAAGAAGUUUUCCCUGUUGAUAUCCAGCCCCAAAACUACACCACAGGAGCCAAGGAAACUGCUACAACUGUCCCAGUGGAGGUAACUAUACAGAACCUGGGGAAAAAAAAUGGAAAGUCUCUAAAAAAGUUCAACCCCUGCAGAAGUAUUUCACAUAUCAAAGAUAAAGUUAAAGAUGGCUCUGGAACCCAUUCUGUGAGUGAAGGAAGCAUCAAAACAGAGCAGCGAGUUAAAAUGAAUUCUGCAGAGCCAAGCAAAGCAAAUUCACUCAAGUUUGAGAAUCGACCUCCGCACAGGAAGCACCCAAUGAAGAAACCCUUUGAGUGUUUGAGAUGCGAGAAGAGCUUUAACUGCAGAUCUCAUCUUGUUAUGCAUCAGAGAGUUCACACCAGAGAGAGGCCAUAUAUUUGUGCAGAGUGUGGGAAGACAUUCACUCAGAGUUCUAAUCUCUUUAGACAUCAAAGGGGUCACCGAGGCGAAAGACCAUAUGUGUGUACAGAAUGUGGUAAAACAUUUACCCAGAGCUCAUACCUCCUUAUCCAUCAGAGGACUCAUACUGGGGAGAGACCCUAUGCCUGCAGUGAUUGUGGAAAAAGUUUUCGGGUAAAUUCGACUCUUGUGAGACAUCAAAGAGUCCACAUGGGUGAAAAACCAUACACUUGUGCAAAAUGUGGGAAGUGUUUCACCCAGAGCUCCUAUCUCCUCAUCCACCAGAGAACCCACACAGAAGAAAGACCCUUUACUUGCUCUCAAUGUGGAAAAGGAUUCAAAGUCAACUCCUCACUUCUUAGACAUCAAAGGCUUCACCUAGGAGAUAAGACCUACACAUGCACUCAAUGUGGCAAAGAGUUCACAGAGCUAAUCAGACUGGUCGCACAUCAAAAAACUCACAGCUCGUCCAAAGAGGUGGCAGGAGGACUUGAUGAACUGAAUACUGAAGUGGGAAUAAUAUUGGGUUGGGAUCAGUGA